GAUGAGGAUUUCACUGGGUUUGGGACGCAAUACCGGCCUACGCUCUCAGCACACAAUAUCUAUAAAAGUAAGUAGGCUAAUGAUGAACAGUAAUGUGAGAUAUCACCUGUGCUCAGGAAUGCUCACAUUUCCUAGCAGAAAUAUGCAGUAGCCUUCAUAUUUUCCAUUUAUUGCUUUGGUAGCAUACCUGAUAGUAUGCAUGAUCAAGUUAUUGUCUGACAUUAGUCUAUUUGUAUUAAGACAUGUUUCCCCCUCUCAUUUCUAGGCAGUCCUUUCCAAUCAUCAUUAUUGAAGCCAAAAAAGCCUCCCCCAGCUCCAGAACUUACAGCAAAGCUUAAGAAAAGUGGAGGCAAAGGCUCCGAAGAAGAGGUUGGAGAGGGUCAGGAAGAAAACGCUGUGAAACCCAAAAUAAUUGCCAAACUGGCAGCCCAAAAAAAAUCACUCAGUUUGUGUGUUAACUCUACAGGAAAGCAGGCUGCUGGGACAAAGGCCUCAAAAGGCAAUGGCAGUGCAAAAUCAGAGGGCUCUGAUAGGAAAAGGGGAAGCAAGGCGAUGGAAUCGUCUUCAACAGCUAGAAAGAGGAACAGGCAAGACCAAACGACCAAGGUGGGCAGGGGAGGCUCAAGGUCCAGCACAGCCCGAGCCCAAACCAGCAGAGACAAGCAGGGCAAACUGGUGUGGACCCUGACAGUGGUCAAGGGCAAAGGGAAGACCUCCAAGGGCAAAGAGGCUGGGGGGGUAACAGCAGACAACAGUGAAACAGACAAAGCUAAGCCACAGAGGUUUGGGAAGACGAGAAAAGGAUCUCAGCAAGGAGACAAGGUUGAAGCACAGGCUCAGUCUAGAAAUGGAAAGACGACGACGGAUCUCCACACCGCCUCUCAAGGAGUAGCACUGUCCCCUGAACCUGUGAAUAAGCAGCAGCAGCAAAGGAAGAGGGUGUCCAGGGGAACCGUGGAUUCCCCUGAGGCUGGAGCUGAGAUGGGUCAGGAGCCAGCAAUACCCCCGGAAAGAAAGAAACCAGCACCAUAUAAGCGCAAGUCCAUAUUUGGCCUCAGAAGGAAGCCCAGUAAUGUGCAGAGGCUUAGUCCGCCAGAUUCUGUUGUGAAACACUUCCGUCGUAAGGUUGUCUUCUACACCUACGUGCCAGAGUACCUCCCAGCCCCAGUGAAGCAGGAGGGACAGGAGCCGCAGAGGGAGAGCACCGGGACAGAGGGCAAGCUUCUCCUGUCCCCUGGAAAGAUUCAGCAAGGAGGCAGCAGUAACCUCUCCUUGCCUGUGGUGAGUGCCAGGUCUUCACGUGUCAUCAAGGCACCCAAGAGGUUCCUCAACGACGAGAUAAUAUCCUGGCCCAGGGGCUCCCUGAAAAAGAAGAACCAACACAAGGUGAAGGAGGAGGAUGCCAUGAGCCUAUCCUUUUAUGAUUCAGACAAUGAUGACAUUGACAACUUGUCUCAAACUCCAGGUCAAAAUGAGUUCAAACCUGAAGUUGACAGCUCAACUGGUAAAAAAACACUUAAGACCAGCCUGUCCUCAACUCUGUCUGUGAUGGACUCAACACUCAACCCAGGAUCAUCCCACCUCGAAGUCUACGAGAGACUCAAGAAGCAGACCAUCAGCCUGGCCCAGAAGAAGAAGAAAGGGCUUAGUGCUGCUGAGGGUAAACCAGCAGAAGAAGAAGCCCAGGAGGACCUAAGUUUGACCUCGCCGGUUAGGAAAAGGGGGAGGUCCAAGCUGAAGAUGGAGGACCUCAACUCUCCCGGGGUUGUGAGGAAACUGGCGGUGCUGGUCAGUAACGCUGCUGCAUCAUCUGAGACUCUGGAGGAGGCAGCAAACAACACAGAAAAUGUCCAAGGUAAGACCUUUUCUGUGCUCAGUUAAAUAUUUGUUGUUCGCUUAAUGGAUCUUUAGGAACUAUUUAUUUUAUUUAUUUAUUUAUUACAGAAAAUUAUUUGGACUGUUGUGAUAAAAUAGUAUUCUUAGAUGUUGUCAUGCAUAUACAGUUCAUUCGGAAAGUAUUCAGACCCCUUGACUUUUUCCACAUUUUAUUACGUUACAGCCUUAUUCUAAAAUGUAUUAAAUAAAUAAACAUCUUCAUGAAUCUACACACAAUACCCCAUAAUGACAAAGCGAAAAAACGUUUUUUUAGAAAUGUUUGCGAAUGUAUUAAACAUUUUUAAAAAACAUACCUUAUUUACAUAAGUAUUCACACCCUUUGCUAUGAGACUCGAAAUUGAGCUCAGGUGCAUCCUGUUUCCAUUGAUCAUCCUUGAGAUGUUUCUAGAACUUAAUUGGAGUCCACCUGUGGUCAAUUCAAUUGAUUGGACAUGAUUUGGAAAGGCACACACCCAUAGUUGACAGUGCAUGUCAGAGCAAAAACCAAGCCAUGAGGUUGAAGGAAUUGUCCGUAAAGCUCAGAGACAGGAUUGUGUCGAGGCACAGAUCUGGGGAAGGGUACCAAAACAUUUCUUCAGCAUUUGAAGGUUCCCAAGAACACAGUGGCCUCCAUCAUUCUUAAAUGGAAGAAGUUUGGAACCACCAAGACUCUCCCUAGAGCUGGCAGCCCAGCCAAACUGAGCAAUUGGGGGAGAAGGGCCUUGGUCAGGGAGGUGACCAAGAACCCGAUGGUCACUCUGACAGAGCUCCAGAGUUCCUCUGUGGAGAUGGGAGAACCUUCCAGAAGGACAACCAUCUCUGCAGCGCUCUACCAAUCAGGCCUUUUAUGGUAGAGUGGCCAGACUGAAACCACUCCACAGUAAAAGGAACAUGACAGCCCGCUUGGAGUUUGACAAAAGGCACCUAAAGGACUCUCACACCAUGAGAAACAAGAUUAUUUUAUCUGAUGAAACCAAGAUUUAACUCUUUGGCCUGAAUGCCAAGCGUCACGUCUGGAGGAAACCUGGCACCCAUCCCUACGGUGAAGCGUGGUGGUGGCAGCAUCAUGUUGUGGGCAUGUUUUUCAGCGGCAAGGAGAGGGAGACUAGUCAGGAUCUAGGGAAGGAUGAACAGAGCAAAGUACUGCGAGAUCCUUGAUGAAAACCUUCUCCAGAGUGCUCAGGACCUCAGACUGGGGCGAAGGUUCACCUUCCAACAGGACAAUGACCCUAAGAACACAGCCAAGACAACGCAGGAGUGGCUUCAGGACAAGUCUCUGAAUGUCCUUUUAGUUGCCCAGCCAGAGCCCGGACUUGAACCCGAUCAAAUAUCUCUGGAGAGACCUGAAAAAUCUCCAUCCAACCUGAUAGCUUGAGAGGAUCUACAGAGAAGAAUUGAAGAAACCCCCCAAAUGCAGGUGUGCCAAGCUUGUAGCGUCAUACCCAAGAAGACUCGAGGCUGUAAUCGUUGACAAUGAUGCUUCAACAAAGUACUGAGUAAAGGGUCUGAAUACUUAUGUAAAUGUAAUAUUUCAGAUUUUUUCAAAUAUAUACAGUGAGGGGGAAAAAAGUAUUUGAUACCCUGCUGAUUUUGUACGUUUGCCCACUGACAAAGAAAUGAUCAGUCUAUAAUUUUAAUGGUAGGUUUAUUUGAACAGUGAGAGACAGAAUAACAACAAAUAAAUCCAGAAAAACACAUGUCAAAAAUGUUAUAAAUUGAUUUGCAUUUUAAUGAGGGAAAUAAGUAUUUGACCCUUCUGCAAAACAUGACUUAGUACUUGGUGGCAAAACCCUUGUUGGCAAUCAGAGGUCAGAUGUUUCUUGUAGUUGGCCACCAGAUUUGCACACAUCUCAGGAGGGAUUUUGUCCCACUCCUCUUUGCAGAUCUUCUCCAAGUCAUUAAGGUUUCGAGGCAGAUGUUUGGCAACUCGAACCUUCAACUCCCUCCACAGAUUUUCUAUGGGAUUAAGGUCUGGAGACUGGCUAGGCCACUCCAGGACCUUAAUGUGCUUCUUCUUGAGCCACUCCUUUGUUGCCUUGGCCGUGUGUUUUGGGUCAUGAUGGUUUUUGGCCCCGUACAUGGCCCCGUCCAUCGUCCCUUUUGAUGCGGUGAAGUUGUCCUGUCCCCUUAGCAGAAAAAACACCCCCAAAGCAUAAUGUUUCCUCCAUGUUUGAUGGUGGGGAUGGUGUUCUUGGGUUCAUAGGCAGCAUUCCUCCUCCUUCAAACACAGCGAGUUGAGUUGAUGCCAAAGAGCUCCAUUUUGGUUUCAUCUGACCACAACACUUUCACCCAGUUCUCCUCUGAAUCAUUCAGAUGUUCAUUGGCAAACUUCAGACGGGCAUGUAUAUGUUCUUUCUUGAGCAGGGGGACCUUGCGGGCACUGCAGGAUUUCAGUCCUUCAUGGCAUAGUGUGUUACCAAUUGUUUUCUUGGUGACUAUGGUCCCAGCUGCCUUGAGAUCAUUGACAAGAUCCUCCCAUGUAGUUCUGGGCUGAUUCCUCACCGUUCUCAUGAUCAUUGCAACUCCACGAGGUGAGAUCUUGCAUGGAGCCCCAGGCCGAGGGAGAUUGACAAUUCUUUUGUGUUUAUUCCAUUUGCGAAUAAUCGCACCAACUGUUGUCACCUUCUCACCAAGCUGCUUGGCGAUGGUUUUGUAGCUCAUUCCAGCCUUGUGUAGGUCUACAAUCUUGUCCCUGACAUCCUUGGAGAGCUCUUUGGUCUUGGCCAUGGUGGAGAGUUUGGAAUCUGAUUGCUUCUGUGGACAGGUGUCUUUUUAUACAGGUAACAAACUGAGAUUAGGAGCACUCCCUUUAAGAGUGUGCUCCUAAUCUCAGCGCGUUACCUGUAUAAAAGACACCUGGGAGCCAGAAAUCUUUCUGAUUGAGAGGGGGUCAAAUACUCAUUUCCCUCAUUAAAAUGCAAAUCAAUUUAUAACAUUUUUGACAUGCAUUUUCUGGAUUUUUUUGUUAUUCUGUCUCUCACUGUUCAAAUAAACCUACCGUUAAAAUUGUAGACUGAUCAUUUCUUUGUCAGUGGGCAAACGUACAAAAUCAGCAGGGGAUCAAAUACUUUUUUCCUCACUGUAUGUGUGUGUAUAUAUAUAUAUAUAUAUAUAUACACACACACACAAACCUGUUUUUCCUUUGUCUUUAUGGGGUGUUGUGUGUAGAUUGAUGAGGGGGGAAAAAAUAUUUAAUCCAUUUUAGAUUAAGGCUCUAACGUAACAAAAUGUGGAAAAAGUCAAGGGGUCUGAAUACUUUCCGAAAGCACUGUAGGCCUUAUUGGAAACCACAUAUUACCAUAGGAUGGAGCAGUAUAGCUUGCAGUUUAGGGAAUAGGUUGCCAUUUGGCAGGUUUGAUGACUGUCAGCCUUUUGGAAGUCAGUCAGAGGGACAGUUGCUUGAUUCUUCUCCCCAGGGGCAGAAGCUGCUGAUGAAGGGGUUUACGAAGGGGAAAGCCAGGCUGAUGGGGGUGAUGGGGUGGUGGUGGAACAGGGGAGCACCAGCCAUCGGAUCAACCUCACCAGCACCAACAAGAGGAUGUUCCAUCUGCUGAAGAGGGCCAAGGUCCAGCUCAUUAAGAUCGACCAGCUGAAGAGAGCAAAGCUGCAGCUUGUGAAGAUCGACCAGCAAAGACCGAUGAAGUCAUCACAGGUGAGAAUCUGUGACUUUGAUUUACCCUGUUUGCAUGCAUACACACACACACACACACACUAACUAACUAACUAACUACCGGUCAAAUGUUUUAGAACACCUACUCAUUCAAGGGGUUUUCUUUCUUUUUACAAUUUUUUUCAUUGUAGAAUAAUAGUGACGACAUCAAAACUAUGAAAUAACACAAAUGGAAUCAUAGUAACCAAAAAAGUUUUGAACAAAUCAAAAUAUAUUUUAGAUUUGAGAUUAUUCAAAUAGCCACCCUUUGCCUUGUUGACAACUAUGCACACUCUUGGCAUUCUCUCAACCAGCUUCAUGAGGUAGUCACCUGGAAUGCAUUUCAAUUAACAGGUGUGCCUUCUUAAAAGUUAAUUUGUGGAAUUUCUUUCCUUCUUAAUGCGUUUGAGCCAAUUGUGUUGUGACAAGGUAGGGGGGUAUACAGAAGAUAGCCCUAUUUGGUAAAAGACCAAGUCCAUAUGGCAAGAACAGCUCAAAUAAGCGAAGAGAAACGACAGUCCGUCAUUACUUUAAGACAUGAAGGUCAGUCAAUACGGAACAUUUCAAGAACUUUGAAGGUUUCUUCGGGUGCAGUCGCAAAAACCAUCAAGUGCUAUGAUGAAACUGGCUCUCAUGAGGACCGCCACAGGAAAGGAAGACCCAGAGUUACCUCUGCUGCAGAGGAUAAGUUCAUUAGAGUUAACUGCACCUCAGAUUGCAGCCCAAAUAAUUGCGUCGCAGAGUUCAAGUAACAGACACAUCACAACAUCAACGGUUCAAUGGAGACUGUAUGAAUCAGGCCUUUAUGGUCGAAUUGCUACAAAGAAACCACUACUAAAGGACAGCAAUAAGAAGAAGAGACUUGCUUGGGCCAAGAAACACGAGCAAUGGACAUUAGACCGGUGGAAAUGUGUCCUUUGGUCUGGAGUCCAAAUUUGAGAUUUUUGGUUCCAACCGCCAUGUCUUUGUGAGACGGAGAGUAGGUGAACGGAUCUCCGCAUGUGUGGUUCCCACCAUGAAGCAUGGAAGACGAGGUGUGAUGGUGUGGGGGUGCUUUGCUGGUGACACGGUCUGUGAUUUAUUUAGAAUUCAAGGCACACUUAACCAGCAUGGCUACCACGCCAUCCCAUCUGGUUUGCACUUUGUGGGACUAUCAUUUUUUUUUUUUUUAACAGGACAAUUACCCAACACACCUCCAGGCUGUGCAAGGGCUAUUUUACCAAGGAGGAGAGUGAUGGAGUGCUGCAUCAAUGACCUGGCCUCCACAAUCACCUGACCUCAAUCCAAUUGAGAUGGUUUGGGAUGAGUUGGGCUGCAAUUUUUUGAUACUUCAAGGGGUCUUAAAAUUCAAAAUGAAAAUGCUCCUUGGUGUGACGUUCUUAAAACAAUUCCAUAUAGCUUAGUAGUACCACUCCCCCGGAGUGACUCCAUGCAGCUUAUGUGACUUGUUAAUCAAAUAUUUACUCCGGGGGAGUAAAUAACAAGAUCCAUUGUGAAUACUUUCUGAAGGCACUGUAGAAUCGUGAGAAUCACAAUACAUAUCGUAUCGGCACCUAAGUAUCGUGAGCUCCCUGGCAAUUCCCAGCCCAACUUAUUACUAUGGCACUGAAAGGUCAUAGUUUAAUUGUUACACUCUUGUCUCUUUCAUCUCCUGUCUGGAUCGGUAAAGCUUGGUCCCAGAGAUUUAGGAGUAUGAGGGGGCAGAAGGAGGAGAGGAGGCUCUGCUCAGGUGAGCCCAUGUUUCCUGACCCUGGCUUUGUUUUUGGUUUUGUCUAGCCGCCUGGGUCCGUGUCAUUCUUCAUCUCUGUUUGAUUGAUGCUUAUGUAUUGUUGAUGUUUUUAGUACAGUGUUUUGUUGUUUUUAUUUUUUAUUUAAUCCUUAUUUUACCAGGUAAGUUGACUGAACAUAUUCUCAUUUACAGCAACGACCUGUGGAAUAGUUACAGGGGAGUUGAAUGAGCCAAUUGGAAGCUGGAGAUGAUUAGGGGGUCAUGAUGGUAUGAGGGCCAGAUUUAGCCAGGACACCGGGGUUAACACCCCUAGUGCCAUGAUAUAUUUUAGUGACCGCAGAGUCAGGACACCCGUUUUUAACGUUCCAUUUGAAAGACUGCACCCUACACAGGGCAAUGUCCCCUCACUGCCCUGGGGCAUUGGAUCCUUAAAAAAAAAAAAAAAAUUACCAGAGGAAAGAGUGCCUAGCUUCAGUGGCCUGUCUUGGUUUUCUCUUGAAUUUGGCUUAGGCCAUUUGUGCGUGGGCGCAUUUUGGUGUCUGUCUUUAGGGUGGAGUUUCAUUAUAAUUUAUUACUAAUAUGUUCCACCACAUGAUCCUGUUCCCAUAGGACCAAUUCCCUGGCGGUCCACGCAUCAAGCACGUCUGUCGGGCAGCAGCAGUGGCGUUGGGGCAACCCCGUGCCAUGGUGCCUGACGAUAUCCCCAGGCUUAGUGCUCUGCCCCUCCAUGAGCGAGAGGGCAUCACCACCUCACCAGCUGUAGAAGGUAACCUUUGCUUAUGAAGCACACUGCUAAGAACGGUGGUUACCUAUUACCUUGUUUUCUUUUCUUGAUUUUAGCUUUCUGUCGAUUCCGGUAUAUGACCUUAGCUCAGUGACCUAUGUUUGCAAACUCAUUAUAAGAUGAUUUUUGGAUCUCUCGCUCGUGCUCUCUGUUUUUAGACAUUGCGGAUGACCCCUCUGAUCAGGAAAUCGAGAGCACUCAGGAACACAAGACGACAAGACGGAAGCACAAGUACAGCAAGCAGCGGAAGUUGAAGCGAAACUAUAACGAGGUUGGUCCUGGGGGCCGCGCCACCCGCUGUGGGACAUGCCAGGGCUGCCUCCAUGAGGGCGACUGCAGCACCUGCUUCAACUGCCUGGACAAGCCCAAGUUUGGAGGGCCCAACACCAGACGCCAGUGCUGUGUGUAAGUGACUGUACCUAGAAUUGUAGCCGUUGCUCCAACUUCUCAUCCUCUCAUGGACACGCACUCAGGCACACACAGUCUUUUUCAUUUCUAGAGUCAGCUCUAGUUGUCCUGUAUGCAAAUUGAACAUGGCACCCUUUUUUAAAAUGAUGAUAAUAAAUAUUUCCCUGUGCCACCAGGUUAAAACGAUGUGUUCGGAUUGAGGCGAGGAAAGUAAAGCGCGGCAUCAAGCCAUUCGCAGGUUUGUAGGUGUUCUUAUGUUGAAUACAUCCGUGUUUAUAUAAUUUUGCAUUUCAAAUCAAAUCAAAUUUUAUUGGUCACAUGCGCCGAAUACAACAGGUGCAGACAUUACAGUGAAAUGCUUACUUACAGCCCUUAACCAACAGUGCAUUUAUUUUUAACAAAAAAAGUAAAAAUAAAACAACAACAAAAAAAGUGUUGAGAAAAAAAGAGCAGAAGUAAAAUAAAAUAACAGUAGGGAGGCUAUAUAUACAGGGGGGGUACCGGUGCAGAGUCAAUGUGCAUGGACACUGGCUAGUUGAGAUAGUUGAAUUAAUAUGUACAUGUGGGUAGAGUUAAAGUGGCUAUGCAUAAAUAAUUAACAGAGUAGCAGCAGCGUAAAAAGGAUGGGGUGGGGGGGGGGGGGCAGUGCAAAUAGUCCGGCUAGCCAUGAUUAGCUGUUCAGGAGUCUUAUGGCUUGGGGGUAGAAGCUGUUGAGAAGUCUUUUGGACCUAGACUUGGCACUCCGGUACCGCUUGCCGUGCGGUAGCAGGGAGAACAGUCUAUGACUAGGGUGGCUGGAGUCUUUGACAAUUUUGAGGGCCUUCCUCUGACACCGCCUGGUAUAGAGGUCCUGGAUGGCAGGAAGCUUGGCCCCAGUGAUGUACUGGGCUGUACGCACUACCCUCUGUAGUGCCUUGCGGUCGGAGGCCAAGCAGUUGCCAUACCAGGCGGUGAUGCAACCAGUCAGGAUGCUCUCGAUGGUGCAGCUGUAGAAUUUUUUGAGGAUCUGAGGACCCAUGCCAAAUCUUUUCAGUCUCCUGAGGGGGAAUAGGCUUUGUCGUGCCCUCUUCACGACUGUCUUGGUGUGUUUUGACCAUGAUAGUUUGUUGGUGAUGUGGACACCAAGGAACUUGAAGCUCUCAACCUGUUCCACUACAGCCCCGUCGAUGAGAAUGGGGGCGUGCUCAGUCCUCUUUUUUUUCCUGUAGUCCACAAUCAUCUCCUUUGUCUUGGUCACGUUGAGGGAGAGGUUGUUGUCCUGGCACCACACGGCCAGGUCUCUGACCUCCUCCCUAUAGGCUGUCUCAUCGUUGUCGGUGAUCAGGCCUACCACUGUUGUGUCGUCGGCAAACUUAAUGAUGGUGUUGGAGUCGUGCCUGGCCAUGCAGUCAUGGGUGAACAGAGAGUACAGGAGGGGACUGAGCACGCACCCCUGAGGGGCCCCCGUGUUGAGGAUCAGUGUGGCAGAUGUGUUGUUACCUACCCUUACCACCUGGGGGCGGCCCGUCAGGAAGUCCAGGAUCCAGUUGCAGAGGGAGGUGUUUAGUCCCAGGAUCCUUAGCUUAGUGAUGAGCUUAGAGGGCACUAUGGUGUUGAAUGCUGAGCUGUAGUCAAUGAAUAGCAUUCUCACGUAGGUGUUCCUCUUGUCCAGGUGGGAAAGGGCAGUGUGGAGUGCAAUAGAGAUUGCAUCAUCUGUGGAUCUGUUGGGGCGGUAUGCAAAUUGGAGUGGGUCUAGGGUUUCUGGGAUAAUGCUGUUGAUAUGAGCCAUGACCAGCCUUUCAAAGCACUUCAUGGCUACAGACGUCAGUGCUACGGGUCGGUAGUCAUUUAGGCAGGUUAUCUUAGAGUCCUUGGGCACGGGGACUAUGGUGGUCUGCUUGAAACAUGUUGGUAUUACAGACUCAGUCAGGGACAUGUUGAAAAUGUCAGUGAAGACACUUGCCAUUUGUCCUUUAGCAGAUGCUCUUAUCCAAUUAUUGCAUUCAUCUUAAGAUAACUAGUUGAGACAACAUAUCACAAUUGUAUCAAGUACAUUUCCCCUGAAAGUAUUUAACAGCAAUGUCAGUGCUAGUAGGAAAAGACAAGUGUCUUUUUUUUGGGAGUGGGGCAUUGGGGGCACCAUGAGUUAUUUAAGAUACUCUUCAAAGAGGGAGGGUUUCAGACGUUUUUGGAAUAUGGGCAGGGAUUCCGCUGUCCUGACUUUACGGGGAAGCUUGUUCCACCGUUGGGUUGCCAGGACAGAGAAGAGUUUUGACUGGGCUGAAAGGGAUCUGCCCUCCUGUAGGGGUGGGAGGGCCAAGAGACCAGAUGUGGCGGAACGGAGUGCUCGGGUUGAGAUGUAGGGUUUGAGCAUAGCCUGAAGUUGAUGGGCAGUUCCCCAUGCUGCUCCGUAGGCAAGCACCAGGGUCUUGAAGAGGAUGGAUCAUUUACUAAUGAAUAACUCCACUUGUGUGUUUUUGCUCUUACGACCAAAAACAUUGAAUCCGUUAACUGAAAGACACACUAGAACACUGUGGCCUGCCUCAUGGCCCAAAUAUUCAGCCAGUGUUUUUAGCUUUACCACUGGGCUUCUCUUUGUCGUGCAGUCCUUUCGAGGCGGCGGCGCCAGUCGUCAGCUAAUGGCCUUCAGUCCAGCAAUGAUGAGUGGUCGGAAUCCUGGGGAGAGGCAGAGGUGGCGUCGGCCCCGUCAACCCUUGGAGGCUGCCUGAGCCCUUCCAGGAAGCAGCCGAGGCGGAACGUGGUGCCGCGCUCCUACAGCAGCCUGCUGAAGUCCGACUCGGACUCGGACACAGGCGGAGAAGCCGCGGUCAAUAGUCCUGUAAAGAAUCCUGUCGCUCCCAGCAGCCAAGGUAACGCCGUACACCGGGAUAGGAGCCGUACUGUAUGGAUUAAAAUAUAGGUUGAUGCACAUUCGGUCUCUCCUUUUGAGUUGGACCACAACAAGAUCCAUUGAACUCCAUCCUUGAAAUGGAGUGAUUUGACAGGUAGAAUUGAAGGAUGUAUAGCCAUUAGCCAAGCAGAUCAGAAGAUUAGGGGUGGAUGUUGGAGACCAUAGUAAUUGAGAUUAAAUAUGACUGUGAUUGAGGAUGGAAGUGCAGGUCCUAAAUAAAUGUUUUUGAGUGGUUUCAGGGUAUUGGUUUGAGUAUUUAUGUUUUAAAACCCAUUUGCUCUCUGACGGAUGCUGCUCCCUCUGAUGACCCAGUGCCCAGUGAAGUUGUAAGGCUCCGCAAACCUGGGCCACCCAAAGGACUGCCGGGCCGACGCAGAGCCGACAAGGUAAUGACUCGUAUAACUCUCUGUUCUCAUGUUGGAAAAGCUUACGCCUUUCACAUUCAUCCCUGAUGCAUGCAUUAUACCUUAAAUAACUGCUCCUCUGGAAUCUUCCUUAAUGUUUUUCUCAAACUUAAUCUAAUCCUUUAUGGUCCAUAGAUGCCGUGACUCUUUCCAUGUUUCUCUUGACUGGUAUGACCUAUGAUUUCUUUCUCGCUCUCUCUAACAUCGUUGACUACUGUUGGUGAUUGGACCUCUUUCUUUUCCUCUGGUUUGACUUGGCAUGCCUUAGCUCUGUGAUCGGGCUUAUCUAACCCUCUCUUAACUCUUCUCCUUCACUUCUCUUAUCAACACUUUUUUUUUUUCUCAAAGCCAAAGGUGGUUUCGGUGGCUCUCCUUCAUCUUUCCUCUGCCUUGGCCCGCCGCUUAGCAUGUGACCGUGCUCGUGCUGUAACGCUGGUCGCCCUCUCAAUGGCUUAAGCAGUCCCCCCCCCCCCCCCUUCACAUGCACAGGGGAGCAACUCCGAGGAGCACCGCCAAGAGCUGUUGGUUACAGAGGGCCACCUAGCAAGGAGCCCCAGCGAGCCCUGCCCACCCAGGAUCCCACCGCUGCGGUUACGGUGGCUGCUGCAGGUGCAGCUGCAGCGUCUGCCCCCAUUUGUGGUGCAGUCAGUCCUGCAGAGGGACGAGGAGUCGGGGGAGGAGGAGUCUUUGCAGGAAGAGGAGACGACUGUUGUUAAAGAGGGAGAGCAACAACACAAUCCCAGAAUUGAUCCCCACUAUGUCCUUCGUUCCCAGAAUGCCGUGGAAAACACGUCAACGAACAUCCUCACCGCGCUAACCAACGGACUCUCCCAAAAGGGCCACUUGAAGACCGGGACGCACAGGAUCCGCGUAGACUUUAAGGUGUAACUCUCUCACACUCACUCACUCUCCCUCCCAUAUAAACUUUCUUAAAAAUGAUGUGAAAUUGUUUAUUUUCUUAUGAACUCAUUGCCAACUGUCUUUCUUUCUCCUUCUUUGUCGCUCAUAUACUCUUAAUAAACAUUUUAUUUUGCAGUCGUUCAUUAACUAAUUGUUUCUCUCCCUCUUCUUUCUCCCAGGAGGACUGUGCCAUCCAGAACGUGUGGUUGAUGGGCGGUCUGAGUAUCCUCACCUCUGUCCCCGUCACCCCUCAGCCUGUCUGUCUGCUCUGUGCCAGCAAAGGACACCAUGAGGUAAUCAUGGAAAUGCAUCCACAGAAUAUUCAGUGCCUGUGUUUGCAGUAUUAUCAUUAGAAUAAUCACAUUUCAUUGUAGAUAAGUAUUACUCUGACCAUUUUGAGGAAACAAAUUAACUAGGAAGCACACAGGAGACUCCAUAGGUUUACUGAAUAGCUACACUGGGUUGUCUGGAAAACAGUAGGUUUAGUGCAAUAUGUGUUCUCCUGAUUUUGACUGCCUUCUGCCUUUCCACCUUCCCUCAGAUGAUCUACUGCCAGGUGUGCUGCGAACCCUUCCACAGCUUCUGCCUCUGGCCCGAAGAGCGCCCCCAAGAGGAGAACAAGGAGAACUGGUGCUGCCGCCGCUGCAAGUUCUGCCACGUGUGCGGUCGCAAGAGCAAGAACAACAAGGUGUGUAUGGUCAGCAGGAUCUGAGAUUCAGUAGUCUAGUGUUUUUUCACCCCCACUUUCAAAUUGUAUACGUACUAUUUCUUCCUUUAGCCUGUGUUGCAGUGCAGGAGGUGUCAGAACUGCUACCACCCCUCCUGUCUGGGACCCACCUACCCAAAGCCCAUCAACUGUAACAUGCCCUGGGUAAGUAUCAGGAAUUUAAUAUAUAUUACAGUUUAGCUUCUCUUCUCCCCAUUCUGAUUUAUUACCAUGUUUUUCACUGUACUGUGGGUCAAUACCAUAAAAUGCAAGUGUAUUGUCCAGUUUGCAUAAGUGCCUUGCUCAAGGGCACAACAAUAGUGGAUUCCAGUAAUGAUCUGAAACCAGCAAUCCUCAGUUCUCAGCCAGUUCAGUUCCCACAUUUCUUCGCCCAACCUGGGACUUGAACCAGCGACCUUCCGGUUACUGGUCCAUCUCUCUAACCUCUGGGCUACCUGCCCCCGUGUCCUAGGUGUGUAUGACGUGUAUCCGGUGUAAGAGCUGUGGAGUGACCCCAGGGAAGACCUGGGACAUGGCCUGGAACCACGAGCAGGACCUCUGUCCUGACUGCAGCACCCUCCACAGCAAAGGUAGGAUCUCAGUGAGUCACACAGAGACACGUCACAAGUCAACCAAGGUUGGGUCGGAGCAAGGUAUAGACAAUCUCCAGGAACAGGCCAAGAAGAGAGGGAUGAGGGCAGUUGUAUAGAUGGACUGAUACUUGGUCAGGAUCUCACUGUCAUUUAGGGCUGACCCCAAUUAGUCGAUUGUUUGGUCGAUAGGCUAUUGGUCGACAUUUUAUAUUUUUUGUUUUGUAGACCAGCAGCAAAUAUAUAUAUUUUUUAUGCCACACGAGACACCUAUCUGAUUCGCGGCCAUCUCCGUUAACUAAUCCAUUGCGUAGGCCGAGACUAAUCCAUUGCGGAUGGCACAGUCCAAGAAGAAGGGAAGUGUGGCUAAGAUGCUCAAUGCACGUCUUUCUCCAGAAUGCGCUCUCUCCCGCCAAUUUGUGCACAUUCAUUGUUUGUUAACUUCAUUGUAUCAAAUCGAAUGAUUCUUAGUGUCUGUCAAUUCCACAUUACAUAUCACCAGUAGUACAUUUACCGUUAAUUCCUAUGAAUUCUAAUCUACAAUGUUUGUUUAUGGUAAUCCUAGUGGCGCAGUGGUCUAAGGCACUGCAUCGCAGUGCUAGCUGUGCCUCUAGAGAUCCUGGUUCGAAUCCAGGCUCUAUCGUAGCCGGCGGCGACCGGGAGACCCAUGGGGCGGCGCACAAUUGGCCCAGCGUCGUCCAGGGUAGGGGAGGGAAUGGCCGGCAGGGGAUGUAGCUCAGUUGGUAGAGCAUGGCGUUUGCAACGCCAGUGUUGUGGGUUCGAUAAAAUCAUGUAUGCGCUAACUGUAAGUCGCUCUGGAUAAGAGCGUCUGCUAAAUGACAUAAAUGUUAAUGCAUUCAAUAUAUUAUUAUUCCAGUCUUUUACCAUUCUCAUUGUCAGAGUGGACACGUUGUUUGCAGACUGCACAACCUAUGCUUGUGAGAAACAGGUUUUAGUUUAUUUCAUUCCAUUUACGAGUUUUGUCAAUUUAGUCAUUGUCUUUUGUUUGGAGAGCUCCUGUCAAUGUUGAGUAAAAACUCGACGUACCAAGUUGCGCACUUUUUGGAAGCGAACCACUAUUUCGGCCCUUCGCUAUAUCGGCAUCGAACGCGUCACCCUCCCUAGGAGAGGGGGUGACCUUGACAAUUUAUUAUUAAAACGAGAGGCCGCUUGGAUCUUUAAUUAAAGACCCUUGCCCCCUUCGGUCUCAACGUGGAGUUUGAUCUGAAGCCAUUCUUGUGAUUGUUUUUUUGCUAUCCAUUGUAAAUAAUGUUUGUAGGCCUAUGUAGCCAAAUUGUAUCUAUGGUCGUAUGUUAUCCAUUUAUGCUUUUUUAUAUGUUCUAUUUAUAUCUGUAAAUCAACCAAUGAAAUCAAGCAGUUUGCAUCAGUUGCUGGGACUGCUUCUCUCUGUCCAGUGACCCUGCCGACCAAGGACGGGUCUGAGGAACUAUUUGGCGUAGCAGCCAGCUAGCUGCCUAUCAAGCUAGUGAGGUUUUCUUGAGGGCUUGAAUGCAGCCCGUGACGCAGUUAGCCAUUGUGGCUGGGACUGCGGAUUGUCCUGGGUUUGUGGCUGUCUAGAUCCCUGCUGUUUGUUGUGUUUUCAAUCUUCCCUGUGACCUGCCCUGUCUGGAAGUGCGAGGAGUAACAGUGUAACCUACGUUGCUAGCUACCAUGACAAAGCCCAAAGCUGGUGUGAGUACCGUUAAGGACAGUGGUGUCUCUAUCACAGGUGAAGGAUCUUUUAAAUGAACAAAAAUAGUUCUACAAGCAGUUGUUACAACAACAACAAAAUAGCUUCAAGUGUUUUGUCCAAAUACUGGUAGAUUCAACUAAUAAAAUAAUGGACGACCUGACCAGAGAGGUCCAGGACCUGAAGAACAGUUUGCAGUUCUCCCAUGGUCAGCUCGAUGAGUUGAAACAGGAGAAUGGCAAGAUGACAGCAAUCUGUAAGUCAUUGAGAGAGGACAUCAGUUCUGUGUGUGUGUGUGUGUGAAUCCAUGAUAACAAUGACAGAGAAAUCAGACUCGAGGGACAAUCAAGGCUGAACAACGUGGUUGUAGACGGAAUUGCAGAAUCUCCACAUGAGACCUGGACGGAGUCUGAGGACAAAGUGAGGGAAAUGAAUUCUGAGAAAUUGAAGAUGGACCACAGGAAGAUUGAGGUGGAGUGCACCCACAGGACUGGAAAACCCACCACCGGCCUAGGUGACAGGCCCAGGCCGAUAGUGGUCAAGUUCCUGAGGUUCAAGGACAAGUAAGCUGUUCUGGAAAGAGCCAAGAACUUAAGAGGAACGUACAGUUGAAGUCGGAAGUUUACAUAUACCUUAGCCAAAUACCUUUUUAAAUCCAGUUUUUCACAAUUCCUGACAUUUAAUCCUUGUACAAGUUCCCUGGUCAGUUAGGAUCACCACUUUAUUUUAAGAAUGUGAAAUGUCAGAAUAAUAGUAGAGAGAAUUAUUUAUUUAAGCUUUUAUUUCUUUCAUCACAUUCCCAGUGGGUCCAAAGUUUACAUACACUCAAUUAGUAUUUGGUAGCAUUGCCUUUAAAUUGUUUAACUUGGGUCAAACGUUUCGGGUAGCCUUACACAAGCUUCCCACAAUAAGUUGGGUGAAUUUUGGCCCAUUCCUCCUGACAGAGCUGGUGUAACUGAGUCAGGUUUGUAGGCCUCCUUGCUCGCACACGCUUUUUCAGUUCUGCCCACACAUUUUCUAUAGGAUUGAGGUCAGGGCUUUGUGAUGGCCACUCCAAUACCUUGACUUUGUUGUCCUUAACCCAUUUUGCCACAACUUUGGAAGUAUGCUUGGGGUCAUUGUCCAUUUGGAAGACCCAUUUGCGACCAAGCUUUAACUUCCUGACUGAUGUCUUGAGAUGUUGCUUCAAUAUAUCCACAUCAUUUUUCUUCCACAUGAUGCCAUCUAUUUUGUGAAGUGCACCAGUCCCUCCUGCAGCAAAGCACCCCCACAGCAUGAUGCUGCCACCCCCGUGCUUCACGGUUGGGAUGGUGUUCUUUGGCUUGCAAGCGUCCACCUUUUUCCUCCAAACAUAAUUAUGGUCAUUAUGGCCAAACAGUUCUAUUUUUGUUUCAUCAGACCAGAGGACAUUUCUCCAAAAAGUACGAUCUUUGCUGUUGUUCUGGGAUUGAUUUGCACUUUUCGCACCAAUGUACGUUCAUCUCUAGGAGACAGAACGCGUCUCCUUCCUGAGCGGUAUGACGGCUGCGUGGUCCCAUGGUGUUUAUACUUGCAUAUUAUUUGUACAGAUGAACGUGGUACCUUCAGGCGUUUGGAAAUUGCUCCCAAGGAUGAACCAGACUUGUGGAGGUCUACACAUUUUUUUCUGAGGUCUUUGCUGAUUUCUUUUGAUUUUCCCAUGAUGUCAAGCAAAGAGGCACUGAGUUUGAAGGUAUGCCUUGAAAUACAUCCACAGGUACACCUCCAAUUGAUUCAAAUGAUGUCAAUUAGCCUAUCAGAAGCUUCUAAAGCCAUGACAUCAUUUUCUGGAAUUUUCCAAGCUGGUUAAAGGCACAGUCAACUUAGUGUAUGUAAACUUCUGACCCACUGGAAUUGUGAUACAGUGAAUUAUAAGUGAAAUAAUCUGUCUGUAAACAAUUGUUGGAAAAAUUAAGUGUGUCAUGCACAAAGUAGAUGUCCUAACCGACUUGCCAAAACUAUAGUUUGUUAACAAGAAAUGUGUGGAGUGGUUGAAAAACGAGUUUUAAUGACUCCAACCUAAGUGUAUGUAAACUUCCGACUUCAAUUGUAUAUCUUCCUCAACGAGGGCUAUCCUGAAGCUGUGUGCCAGAAGAGGAAAGAACUUAUCCCAGCCAUGAAAGCUGCCAGAGCACGUGGGGACAUUGCUUACAUCAGCUAUGACAGUCUCAUUGUCCAACCUCCCUCCCAGAAGCCUGGAAGUGAUAAGAUAGCCAAGCCUAUGGGUUCGUAGCGUCAACCCCACAGUGCGCACACACACACACCAAUUGAUUAAUGGACUGCUGAAUGUAUAUUUUCGCUUGCUUUGUUUGCUCUUUUCCAUGUUAUGUCUAUCUCUGAUAAGCUAUCCAGGGAAGGGCUGAAAAUAGCCCAUAUUGAUAUAUGUAGCCUUAGCAAGUUAUUGAUUUCAUUAACCUUAUUUCUAACAUCAGAUAACAUUAAUAAAUUAGCUAUUUCUGAGACUCACUUACAUAAUUAAUUUGAUGAUACAGAAGUAGCAAUACAAGGAUAUAACAUCUAUAGAAGAGACAAAUGCUUAUGGGUCAGGUGUUGCUGUAUAUAGUCAGAGCCAUAUCCCUGUAAUGCUUAGAGAAGAUCUUAUGUCACAUUUUAUUGAAGUGUUGUGGUUGCAGGUUCACUUGGCACAUCUAAAGCCUUUUCUUUUGGGUUGUUGCUAUAGGCCACCAAGUGCUAACAGUCAGUAUCUCUAAAUAAUGUGUGUGAAAUGCUUGAUAGUGUAUGCGAUGUAAACAGGGAGGUGUACUUUCUUGGGGACUUGAAUAUUGACUGGUUUUCUUCAACCUGUCCACUCAAGAGGAGCUUCUCACUGUAACCAGUGCAUGUGUUACGUUCCCCAGUUUCUAUGUUGUGGUUUGUAUUUUCAAUCUGGUUCAGGUUAUUAAUCAACCUACCAGGGUGUUUAUAAACACUACAGGAACAAGAUCAUCCACAUGUAUCGAUCACAUUUUUACUAAUACUGUAGAACUUUGUUCUAAGCUGUAUCCAUACCCAUUGGAUGCAGUGAUCACAAUAUAGUGGCUAUAUCCAGGAAAGCCAAAGUUCCAAAAGCUGGGCCUAAAAUAGUGUAUAAGAGAUCAUACAAAAUAUUUUGCUGUGACUCUGAUGUGGAUGAUAUUUGUUGGUCUGAUGUGAUUUAAUAAGGAGCAUCCAGACGCUGCACUUGAUUAAUUUAUAACAUUUCUUCUUCCAAUUAUUGAUAAACAUGCACCUGUUAAGAAAACUGACUGUUAGAACUGUUAAGGCUCCAUGGAUUGAUGACGAUUGAAAAACUGUAUGGUUGAAAGAGAUGGGGCAAAAGGAGUGGCUAAUAAGUCUGGCUGCACAUCUGACUGGCUGACUUACUGCAAAUUGAGAAAUUAUGUAACUAAACUCUACAAAAAGAAGAAACUGUAUUAUGAAGCCAAGAUCAAUGAUAUAAAGAAUGAUGGAAAAAAGUACUUUAAAUGAAAUUAUGGGCAGAAAGACAUUCAACUCCAUCUUUCAUCGAAUCAGAUGGCUUAUUCAUCACAAAACCAUUUGAUGUUGCCAAUUAUUUUAAUGAUUACUUAAUUGGCAAAGUGGGCAAACUUAGGCAGGAACUGCCAACAACGAACAGUGAGCCAUCGUAUUCAUGCAUAAAAAAACAAAUAAUGAAAGAAAAGAAUUGCAAGUUUUAAUUUUGUAAAAGUUUAGUGUAGGAGAAGUGGGGAAAUUAUUGUUAUCGAUCAAUAAUGACAAACCUCCUGGCAUUGACAACUUAGAUGGAAAGCUACCGAGGAUGGUAACUGACUCUAUAGCCACUCCUAUCUGUCAUAUAUUUAAUCUAAGCCUAGAGGAAAGUCUUUGUCCUCAGGCCUGGAGGGAAACCAAAGUCAUUCCUCUAACCAAGAGUGGUAAAGCUGGUUCUAACAGCAGACUAUAAGCUUGCUGCCAGCUCUUAGCAAACUGUUGGAAAAAAUUGUUUGACCAAAUACAAUGUUGUUAAUCUGUUUACAGAGAAAUAGCAGACUUUCAGCAUGCUUAUAGAGAAGGGCACUCAACAUGUACUGCACUGACACUGAUGAUUGGUUGAAAGCAAUUGAUAAGAAGAUUGUGGGAGCUGUACUGUUAGAUUUCAGUGCAGCCUUUGAUAUUAUUGACCAUAACCUGUUGUUGAAAAAAACGUAUGUGUUAUGGCUUUUCAACCUCCGCCAUAUCAUGGAUUCAGAGCUAUCUAUCUAAUAGAACUCAGAGGGUUGUCUUUAAUGGAAGCUUCUCUAAUGUCAAAUAUGUGUGUUGUACUGCAGGGCAGCUCUCUAGGCCCUCUACUCUUUUCUAUUUUUACCAAUGACCUACCACUGGCAUUAAACAAAGCAUGUGUGUCCAUGUAUGCUGAUGAUUCAACCAUAUAUCUAUCAGCAGCCACUGCUUUUGCAGUCACUGAAACCCUUAACAAAGAGGGGUGGCCAGUAAUAAACCAGCCCUGAACAUCUCUAAAACUAAGAGCAUUGUAUUUGGUACAAAUCAUUCCUUAAGUUCUAGACCUCAGCUGAAUCUGGUAAUGAAUGAGAAAAAGAAAAAAAGUGUAUUCACUCACUAACUGUAAGUCGCUCUGGAUAAGAGCGUCUGCUAAAUGACAAAUGUAAAAUGAAUGGUGUGGCUGUUGAACAAGUUGAGGAGACUAAAUUAUUUGGCGUUACCUUAGAUUGUAAACUGUCAUGAUCAAAACAUAUACAAUGGCUUGCGAAAGUAUUCACCCCCCUUGGCAUUUUUCCUAUUUUAUUGCCUUACAACCUGGAAUUUAAAAUGGAUUUUUUGGGGGGUUUGUAUCAUUUGAUUUACACAACAUGCCUACCACUUUGAAGUUGCCAAAUAUUUUUUCUUGUGAAACAAACAAGAAAUAAGACAAAAAAACUGAACUUGAGCGUGCAUAACUAUUCACCCCCCCCCCCCCCCCAAAGUCAAUACUUUGUAGUGACACCUUUUGCAGCACUCCAUCACUCUCCUUCUUGGUAAGAAUCUCAAAUAUAAAAUAUAUUUUGAUUUGUUUAACACUUUUUUGGUUACUACAUGAUUCCAUAUGUGUUAUUUCAUAGUUUUGAUGUCUUCACUAUUAUUCUACAAUGAAGGAUAUAGUAAAAAUAAAGAAAAACCCUGGAAUGAGUAGGUGUGUCCAAACUUGACUGGUACUGUAAAAACAAAAAAGAUACCUUAUUUACAUAAGUAUUCAGACCCUUUGCUAUGAGACUAGAAAUUUCCAUUGAUCAUCCUUGAUGUUUCUACAACUUGAUUGGAGUCCACCUGUGGUAAAUUCAAUUGAUGAUUUGGAAAGGCACACACCUGUCUAUAUAAGGUCCCACAGUUGACAGUGCAUGUCAAAGCAGAAACCAAGCCAUGAGGUCGAAGGUAUUGUCCAUAGAGCUCCGAGACAGGAUUGUGUCGAGGCACAGAUCUGGGGAAGGGUACCAAAAAAUGUUUGCAGCGUUGAAGGUCCCCAAGAACACAGUGGCCUCCAUCGGUCUUAAAUGGAAGAAGUUUGGAACCACCAAGACUCUUUCUAGAGCUGGCCGCCUGACCAAACUGAGCAAUCGGGGGGAGAAGGGACUUGGUCAGGUAGGUGACCAAGAACCCGAUGGUCACUCUGACAGAGCUCCAGAGUUCCUCUGUGGAGAUGGGAGAACCUUUCAUAAGGACAACCAAGCGUCACGUCUGGAGGAAGCCUGGCACCAUCCCUAUGGUGAAGCAUGGUUGUGGCAGCAUCAUGCUGUGGGGAUGUUUUUUAGAGGAUGACCAGUCAGGAUCGAGGGAAAGAUGAACGGGGCAAAGUACAGAGAGAUCCUUGAUGAAAACCUGCCCCAGAGCUCUCAGGACAUCAGACUGGGGUGAAGGUUCACCUUCCAACAGGACAACACCCUAAUCACGCAGCCAAGACAACGCAAGACUGGCUUCGGGACAAGUCUCUGAAUGUCCUUGACUGGCCCAGCCAGAGCCCGGACUUGAACCCGAUGGAACAUCUCUGGAGAGACCUGAAAAUAGCUGUGCAGCGACGCUCCCCGUCCAACCUGACAGAGCUUGAGAGGAUCUGCAGAGAAGAACGGGAGAAACUCCCAAGUUUGUGCCAAGCUUGUAGCGUCAUACCCAAGAAGACUUGCGGCUGUAAUCGCUGUCAAAGGUUCUUCAACAAAGUACUGAGGAAAGGGUCUGAGUUCUUAUGUAAAUGUGAUAUUUCUGUUUAUUUUUAAUACAUUGGCAAACAUUUUUUUUGCUUUGUCAUUAUGGGGUGUUGUGUGUAGAUUGAUGAGAAAAAACAAACGUGGAUAACGUCAAGGGGUCUGAAUACUUUCCGAAUGCACUGUAUAGUGGUUUUUACACACAGGGUGUGUCUAUUUAUGGAAAAAUACACAUUUUAAAAUGUCGACCAAUCGUCGAAAGAACAGAUUACUUUCUGUCAACCCCACAAUUUUUUUUUCGGACAGCCAUGUUAUUAAAUUAUUAUUUAAAAAAAUCAUUGAUCUGAUUUUUUUUGGGGGGGGGGUUUCUUUACAAGGGAUCUUCUGCACCGUCUGCUCCAAGUGUUACGAGGAGAACGACCACAACAACAGCCAGAUGAUGGAGUGCUCCAGGUGUAGCCACUGGGUGCAUUCUAAAUGUGAAGGACUCUCUGGUGAGUGACACUAAUAUUUCAGCUUUAAAACGGUCUUUAUCAAGGGGAUGUACAACAGGGGUGGCCAACACUCAUCAAAGUGUUACUGGGUAUACAGGCUUUUGAUCUCGCCCUACACACACACACACACACCUAAUCCAGCUAAUCAAGGUUCCAAGGAGCAUCUCAUUGGUAGAAUCAGGUGUGUUAGAGAUAAGGUCUGGAACCAAAUCCUGCAAGAGGGUAGCUCUCAAGGCCACCCCUGUUAACCGUAUGUGUAGGGGAAGAUGCCACCUCAACUAAAAUGUAGGCCCUAACUUGAGGGAUCAAAACAACUAUCCCACUAUAAACCCACUCCAUUACAUUAAAAUUCUGCCUCUCUUCUCUUCUGUCUCCCAGACGACCUGUAUGAGAUCAUGUCCAGCCUGCCAGAGAGCGUAGUAUACACCUGUGAACCCUGCAGCCAAUCACAGCCCAGAUUCUGGAAGGAGGAGCUGAAGGAAAGGCUGAGGGCAGGGCUAGAGAAAGUGCUGACCAACCUCCUUUCUGACUCCUCCGCCCAGCACCUAAUCACCUGCAGGGAGGUAAUGUCUGCCGCCGUGUAGCUCAGUUGGUAGAGCAAGGCGUUUGCAACGCCAGGGUUGUGGGUUCGAUUCCCACGUGUGGCCAGUAUGAAAAUGUAUGCACUCGCUAACUGUAAGUCGCUCUGGAUAAGACCGUCUGCUAAAUGACUAAAAUGUCAAAUGUAAAUGUAAAGACGUCACGAGUCAGACACUCGUAACAUACUCUCUUGCUUUCACAACAUGGGUUGUUUCUGUAUCCAAAAUCAAGUAUAAAAAGUGUAUUUAAAACUUUUCCACGUUUAGACUGUCUUAUGGAUUGUAUAUCCCUGACCCUCUGACGAUGGUCUCCAUUUUACUGUACUAUGCUGUUCUUUUGUUUUCUGCAGUGUGAGGAGUCCACGGAACUAGAUGCUUUCUGGGACCAACAGCAGCCCAUCUGCGACCUACAUGCCGUUGGUCAAAAAUGUACAGGGGGCCAGUACACUUCACUGGUGAGAGACCCCAGUCCUUUAUUAACAUUUGAAUUAUGCCACAUAAAAACUAUUAAGACCUAGAGGUUAUUGUUUUUGCUCUCAGGGCAUCAAUGUUCCGCUGUGAAUCGUGUAGCUCUUUUCAGACCACAUUCUGAUCACUUCAUAUACAGUUUGGUAAUUUAGCAGAUGCUCUUAGAUGUUCUAAUGAGAGGAACAAAAUCCCACAUAUUGUACAACAAUACAGCCGUCUCCUAAACUUGACACCUGUUUUUCCUGCUCUUGUCCAUCAAUCAGAAAUCAUUCCAUGAGGAUGUUGUCGUGGUGAUGAGGAAGUGGCUGAAGGAGGAGGAGUCUCUCCCUGAGGACCUGAGGCCCACCUGUUUGGCCAGGUCUCACUACCUGAAGGUUAGUAGAAAGACCUUUCCUCCAUUAAUGCUAUAGACAUUUAUUAUGGGCCAUACUGGGCCAUAUCAUUAUUUUUUAUUUAUUUACUCAGAUUAGUAGAGUGUCUGCAUUAAAACAUAAAAUUUCUGAGCUCUUUUAUGAUAUUUUAUUAAUUGCCUCAUUUUUUAAAAAUGUUACAGCCUUAUUCUAAAAUUGAUUAAAAACAUUUUUUACCCCAUAUUGACAAAUAUUUUUUUAGUGUAUAUAUAUAUAUAUAUAUAUAUAUAUAUAUAUAUAUAUAUAUAUAUAUAUAUACACACACACACACACACACACACACACACACACACACACACAGUGGGGGAAAAAAAGUAUUUAGUCAGCCACCAAUUGUGCAAGUUCUCUCACUUAAAAAGAUGAGAGAGGCCUGUAAUUUUCAUCAUAGGUACACGUCAACUAUGACAGACAAAUUGAGAAAAAAAAAUCCAGAAAAUCAAUUUAUUUGCAAAUUAUGGUGGAAAAUAAGUAUUUGGUCACCUACAAACAAGCAAGAUUUCUGGCUCUCACAGACCUGUAACUUCUUCUUUAAGAGGCUCCUCUGUCCUCCACUCGUUACCUGUAUUAACGGCACUUGUUUGAACUUGUUAUCAGUAUAAAAGACACCUGUCCACAACCUCAAACAGUCACACUCCAAACUCCACUAUGGCCAAGACCAAAGAGCUGUCAAAGGACACCAGAAACAAAAUUGUAGACCUGCACCAGGCUGGUAAGCAGCUUGGUUUGAAGAAAUCAACUGUGGGAGCAAUUAUUAGGAAAUGGAAGACAUACAAGACCACUGAUAAUAUCCCUCGAUCUGGGGCUCCACGCUAGAUCUCACCCCGUGGGGUCAAAAUGAUCACAAGAACGGUGAGCAAAAAUCCCAGAACCACACGGGGGGACCUAGUGAAUGACCUGCAGAGAGCUGGGACCAAAGUAACAAAGCCUACCAUCAGUAACACACUACGCCGCCAGGGACUCAAAUCCUGCAGUGCCAGACGUGUCCCCCUGCUUAAGCCAGUACAUGUCCUGGCCCGUCUGAAGUUUGCUAGAGUGCAUUUGGAUGAUCCAGAAGAGGAUUGGGAGAAUGUCAUAUGGUCAGAUGAAACCAAAAUAUAACUUUUUGGUAAAAACUCAACUCGUCGUGUUUGGAGGACAAAGAAUGCUGAGUUGCAUCCAAAGAAAACCAUACCUACUGUGAAGCAUGGGGGUGGAAAAAUCAUGCUUUGAGGCUGUUUUUCUGCAAAGGGACCAGGACGACUGAUCCGUGUAAAGGAAAGAAUGAAUGGGGCCAUGUAUCGUGAGAUUUUGAGUGAAAACCUCCUUCCAUCAGCAAGGGCAUUGAAGAUGAAACGUGGCUGGGUCUUUCAGCAUGACAAUGAUCCCAAACACACCGCCCGGGCAACGAAGGAGUGGCUUCGUAAUAAGCAUUUCAAGGUCCUGGAGUGGCCUAGCCAGUCUCCAGAUCUCAACCCCAUAGAAAAUCUUUGGAGGGAGUUGAAAGUCUGUGUUGCCCAGCGACAGCCCCAAAACAUCACUGCUCUAGAGGAGAUCUGCAUGGAGGAAUGGGCCAAAAUACCAGCAACAGUGUGUGAAAACCUUGUGAAGACUUACAGAAAACGUUUGACCUGUGUCAUUGUCAACAAAGGGUAUAUAACAAAGUAUUGAGAAACUUUUGUUAUUGACCAAAUACUUAUUUUCCACCAUAAUUUGCAAAUAAAUUCAUUAAAAAUCCUACAAUGUUAUUUUCUGGAUUUUUUCUUUCUCAUUUUGUCUGUCAUAGUUGACGUGUACCUAUGAUGAAAAUUACAGGCCUCUCAUCUUUUUAAGUGGGAGAACUUGCACAAUUGGUGGCUGACUAAAUACUUUAUUUCCCCACUGUAUAUAUAUAUUUUUUCCUUAUUUUUUUUCUUCUUAAAAACCUGAGUAUUCAGACCCUUUGCUAUGAGACUUGAAAUUGAGCUCAGGUGCAUCCUGUUUCCAUUGAUCAUUACAUUUACAUUUACAUUUUAGUCAUUUAGCAGACGCUCUUAUCCAGAGCGACUUACAGGAGCAAGUAGGGUUAAGUGCCUUGCUCAAGGGCACAUCGACAGAUUUUUCACCUAGUUGGCUCGGGGAUUAGAACCAGCGACCUUUCGGUUACUGGCACAACGCUCUUAACCACUAAGCUACCUGCCUCCCCAUCAUCCUUGAGAUGUUUCUGUAACUUGAUUUGGUGUCCACCUGUGGUAAAUUCAAUUGAUUGGACAUUAUUUGGAAAGCACACAGUGCAUGUCGGAGCAAAAACCAAGCCAAGAGGUCGAAGGAAUUGUCCGUAGAGCUCCGAGACAGGAUUGUGUCGAGGCACAUAUCUGGGGAAGGGUACCAAAAAAUGUCUGCAGCGUUGAAGGUCCCCAAGAACACAGUGGCCUCCAUCGUUCUUAAAUGGAAGAAGUUUGGAACCACCAAGACUCUUUCUAGAGCUGGCCGCCUGACCAAACUGAGCAAUCGGGGGGAGAAGGGCCUUGUUCAGGGAGGUGACCAAGAACCCAAUAGUCACUCUGACACAGCUCUAGAGUUCCUCUGUGGAGAUGGGGGAACUUUCCAGAAGGACAACUAUCUCUGCAGCACUCCACCAAUCAGGCCUUUGUUUUAGUGGCCAGACAGAAGCCACUCCUCAGUAAAAGGCACAUGACAGCCCGCUUGGAGUUUGCCAAAAGGCACCUAAAGGACUCUGACCAUGAGAAACAAGAUUCUCUGAUCUGAUGAAACCAAUAUUGAACUCUUUGGCCUCAAUGCCAAGCGUCACGUCUGGAGGAAAGCUGGCACCAUCCCUAUGGUGAAGCAUGGUGGUGGCAGCAUCAUGCUGUGGGGAUGUUUUCAGCAGCAGGGACUGGGAGACUAGUAAAGUACAGAGAGAUCCUUGAUGAAAACUUGCUCCAGAGCGCUCAGGACCUCAGACUGGGGCGAAGGUUCACCUUCCAACAGGACAAUGACCCUAAGCACACAGCCAAGACAACGCAGGAGUGGCUUCCUGAUAAGUCUCUGAAUGUCCUUGAGUGGCCCAGCCAGAGCCCAGACUUUAACCCAAUUGAACAUCUCUGGAGCGAUGCUCCCCAUCCAUCCUGACAGAGUUUGAGAGGAUCUGCAGAGAAGAAUGGGAGAAACUCUCCAAAUACAGGUGUGCCAAGCUUGUAGCGUCAUACCCAAGAGGACUCAAGGCUGUAAUUGCUGCCAAAAGUGCUUCAACAAAGUACUGAGUAAAGGUUCUGAAUUCUUAUGUAAAUGUUAUAUUUCAGUUUUGUAUUUUGUAUAAAUGUACAAACAUUUCCAAGUCUGUUUUUGCUUUGUCAUCAUGGGGUAUUGUGUGUAGAUUGAGGGAAAAAAACUAUUUAAUCAAUUUUAGAAUAAGGCUGUAAAAUGUGGAAAAAGUCAAGGGGUCUGAAUACUUUCUGAAUGCACUGUAUCUAUGUCCUUUCAGUUGCUGGAGGAGACUUUCAGUUGGUUUCAUAGCCAGGAUCAGAAAAUGUGGGACCCAAUCUCCAAAGAUUUCCCAAGGUAAAUGGAUACACUAUGUGUAGACAGUAUGACUGUGUAUGUUGUCGAUUUUGACCGACGGAUAUUGUUGUUCUUUCUCACAUUUCUGCCAAGAAGAUAAACGAGCGAAUCUCCCUGACCAAACCAACUAUGACAAUAAAUAGUUUUACCUUCAUAAAGAUAAAGCAAGCAUAGAAUAAUUAUUUUUGAAAAGCUAGCAAAGAAUACUUGUUCAAAAAAGCUCUGUGCUGAACAAGUCUUCCCCCCCCCCUUUCUUCUGUCUCAGUGGUAUGCUCCCUGAGGCAGUUCUUCCUCCCUCUAAGGAGCACAGCUAUGCACAGUGGCUGGAGAGGACGUACCAAGUUACCAGGGGUGCAGAUUACCUCCAGCAGGGGAACCGCGUCCCUCCCCCAUACUCAGUCACCACCUAUCAGUCCCGGGCUCUGGAGGGCCUCCCACUCAAAUCCCAAGGUAUGGAGUCUUUGGUUUGUGUCCCAAAUAGGGGGUCUGGUCAUAGGCAUAGGGCUCCGGUCAACAGUAGUGCACUAUAUAAGGAAUAGGGUGCCAUUUGGGACAAAGCCUAUCUAUCACUCCCUCUGUAAGCCUAUGUCCUGGUCUCAAAGCAGACAUGUAACCCUAUUCACCGGCACACAAAAUGUUUGUUGUGUGUAAAGUAAUUGAGUGGAAGGACUGAUGGUGAUCUCGCUUUUUACUUCAUCCUAACAAUGUGAAUGAUCAAUUAUAUGAUUGAUGAAUGUGUUUGGUCUAUCUGGUGUAGGUACAAAUGGUGCUCUAACCAGGGCCCUGGAACUCGACUGGACCAAAGAUGAGAGGCAGUGUACACUCUGCCAACAGUUUGGCGACGCCACACCCAACGUGAGUUUCCCUCCCCCCUCUGUACUGAUCCCACACAGUAAUUGUAUUGAUAAGGAGACGGGACACCAUUGUGUUAGCUUCAGAAUUUUUUUUACUAAGAUAAAACCAUACAUAGAGCAUUAUGGGUACCGUAGUACAGUUUUUCUCAACUCCGGUCCUUGAGUACCUCAAACAGAACGUAACUUUAUGACUAACUACUUCCCUGAAGGAGGGAAAUGAGGAACAACAUACUAUGGGGGGAGUCGCGCACUCGUUACUUCGGUUGAAGGAUCUACAAUCACGCCUAACAAGGCCAAUGAAAUCCGCACCUUGCUGGAAGCUCUGCCUUCCACAGGUGAUAAGCAUGAGGCUUGGAUUAAUUCCUUCACUGAGCCCAGGAACGGGCAGUGCGGGGCCAAACAGGAGUUGUACCUCUUUCCCACCUUCAGGGAACAGUUGUUAUAGUCAAAAUGUUACGUUCCCUUUAAUUCAGUCAACUUCAGUACAACAUACUAUGGGGAAAUAUAAUCACGCCCCAAGCUGACCAACGGAUACUAAAUGAAACUGCCCAUGGCAGACCACCCCGACCUGACCCCGCGAGAUUCUGCAUUUUGGGUAUUGUGCAAACGGCACGCUGCUUAGUGACUUUCCCCUGUCCCAGCUGUAAGCACACUGGGCUACACUGGGAGCAGUGACAUCCAAGCAAUAAAACCUCACAAAAGUAUGUGGUGAUGCUCAACUCACUGCAGCACAAAUAUAUCCUACACUCAACCCUUUAAACAAUGCCGGACUCCUGGUGGAGUGGGCGCAUACACCGCUAGUUAACCCUUGCCCCUUGCUGCAAUAUGCCGUGGAGAUAGCCUCCACAAUCCAGUGGAAGAGACGCUGCUUAGGGAGUGCCCUGCCACGAGCUGGAUUAGCAAAAUAGACAAAAAGCUGGUCACAUAACCAGAUAUCCCGGGUCCAUUCGAUGUACAUGCGUAAAGCUUGCACCGGACACAGGGCAUUUGACCUCUGUUGCUCUUCAGAAGCAAAAGGAGUAGGUGAAAAUGGAAAUGGCUCAAAGCUAAGGACCUGUAGGACAUAGCCAUGACUUUCGGGGGGGAAGGCCGCAUUUGGACGCAACGUCACCUUAGAGUGGCCCGGGGCGAACUGAGUACAGGACGUGUGUACCGAUAACAUGUUUAGCCAAAGUCAUGAGCAGGGAGAUUUUGUAGUAGAGGAUCAGGGCCAAGUCCCAUGUGGGCGCAAUUGGUUUAGAGACCAGUCUGAGACAACCGCACAACCAGGAUCCUGGAUCUGACAUAGAAACCUCUCUGAUUACCUGUGUCUGGAGACGGGAGGUUAUUCCCUCCCUCAAAACGGGCACUGAGGCCUCAACAGUCGACCUGAUGACGUCACUGAAGCGUGGGGGACGUGCAACAAGUUGUAGCCUGUACCCCGACGUCACUGUUCGCAUGAUCCAUAGCAAAACUGUGCAUGCACCCCAUUGUUUGUAGCCAACAGCGAGCCUCCCGUCAAGUGCCAUUUGAAGGGGCGGUACGCCACCAUAUGGACUGGGAGAGAUUUUGUUAUUUUUCCCUUUCCAACACUCUCGACCACCGUGUGUCUGAAUGUGGAUAAGGGACACUUUUCAUUGUACACACACGUGGGAGACGCAACACUUUUGACACUCGUGAACACUGUGGAACUUUGGGUUGACACAACUGUGUUUAUGUGCCAAGGUUUGCCUGAAGCCAGGUCCACUCUGGGAUCGGGGGCUCCGGCAAUAGGUGAAGUACCCCGAUUGGCAUUGCCCCUUGGGGGUACUUCUGUCACAACGAGCCUCACUCAGUUUAGGCAGUAAGAUGCGUCCCAGUAACCGACUGGCACCCAGCAUUGGACCGCACGCAUAAAAAUAGAUCCAGGGGAAAACCACUAUCGUGACGGUUAUCAUACCAGUCAUAGUUACCAGUGCCACGACAUCUUUGAACCCAACUUAUUACUCUCACCCUGGGGAGAUUGAUAUACCCCUUGAACCCUGUGAACACCAAGGAACGCGGGGUAACAGAGGGUGGUUUAAACAUGAACAAGCUUCCAAACUAAGUUGUGCUUCUGUGAGACUGUAUAGCCUAGGUGAAGCCCUGCCCCUUAUGGACACAGGGCUCCAGCAAUGUCUGACGUAGCACCCCGUUUGGCUGUAACCAAAUGUGGUGGCACUGACAUCACAGUAAUAUUUUUGUGGUGGGGCUCACCGGUCAAUCAGACACGUGCUAAGGCCCCUCGCUCUGAGGUUACCUGAGCCAAGUGCUCGGAGGCUGCUUCCUCAUCUGAGGUGCCUGCAUGCCCCGCUUCCUCCACUCCCUCCAACUCCAAGAAUUUGAAAUAGGAAUGUCAUUGCCAUAUUGCCGGGGGAAAGCUAGGAAGCUUAAUUUGCCGGAAGUUAUGCAUGCUAACUGAUGUUAGCCAUGAUAAGGCUUCUAGUCUAAGCUAGGCUAGCUAGCCUCUUUGACUGCAACACGGUCCAUUUUAGAAUAACCAAGCGACUUAACACUGGCUACGUACACUAAACAAGAGAGCUACCCAAGCAAUUGCACCAUUAGGAAGCCGGAAUAGCUGGCAGUAGCUAGCUCGCCUUUGCACGUUAGCUAACCUGGCUAGCAUGCUAUGCAGCACUUGUUAGCUAGCCUGGUCUCGAAAGUCUAUGUAGGACCGGAUCACUGUGGUGGGACCAGGACCCUUCUGGGAAGAGAGGCAAGCGGUGCUUAAUCAAGGCACACACAGGCAGCGGGGGGAUAUCCACAGAACCUGGUCACCCUCUCUCUUCGAGUAGCCUCCCAUAACUGGCAACAGAGCGCACAGGAACCGGGAGACAUUCAACCCGACCAACUACCCAACCCAUCUCCGCGUUCCGCAACUCCGACUUAGUCGAGGUACGGGCACCCGGGAGAGGAAGUCAUUAUCGGAACCACCAAGCCCAGCCGUCCCCUAGUCUCGCACACAAACUGAUUCGAGCGAGGGCAGCCUGCGCAUGUGCCGAGACAGAAGACAACAAACAUGGGUAUCUUUUAAUUAAUUGGGGGCAUGGUCGCGAACCUGAAACUGGCUUGUUAUUCUUUGUCGUUUCGGUCUCGUUAGCCAUCUUACCUAUUGCUGAAGCCAGACCAAGCAAUUAGAAGAAUAACUAAUUGUUUGUAUGGUUCUCAUAAGUUUCCUAAUCAUAAACUUCAGCACACAACGUCCAGGGGGUGAGCACGCUCUACAACUAAGGGACAGUUUAGUUGGCGCAACGUAAGUCAGUCUCGUGUUCCAAUUGUUUGUUUUUGUACCGUGAAAUGUUCCUGUUCACACCAAGGUGGAGAGCGGAAUAAUUCCAAGAAUGGAAGGAGGGGCAUCCAGCGAGCCGUAUAUUUCAUUGGCCUUGUCGGGCGUGAUUGUAGAUCCUUCAACCGAAGUCGCGAGAGUGCGACUCCUCCAUAGUGUGUUGUACCAAAGUUGACUGACUGAAAGGCAUUUUUGUUGUAGCCGUACACCCGAUUUUAAAUUAGUCAACUAAUCAUCAAGUACUUGACUAGUUGAGUUACGUGUGUUCUAUGCGGCUAUUCUGUUUGGGGGUACUCAAGGAUUGGAGUUGUAUAACACUUCUGUAGGACAUUAUACCCACAGUAAUGGUAUUAGCAGCUAUUCAGACAUCCCAGAAUGUUGUCUCAGGUCCACUCUAAAUGUGAAUGUCCUCAUUUUUAUUGAAGGACGCGGGCAGGCUCCUGUACCUGGGGCAGAACGAGUGGGCCCACGUUAAUUGCUGCCUGUGGUCUGCUGAGGUGUACGAAGACAACGGAGCUCUACUCCAAGUACACAGUGCUGUCUCCAGGGGGCGCCACAUGGUAAGAAUGUGUAGACAUCACCAUAGUUGCGCCUCAAAUGGCACCCUGUUUCCUAUAAAGUGCAAUACUUUUGACCAGGGCCCAAAUUGGACUAUGUAGGGAAUAGGGUGACAUUUUGGACACUUCCCACAUCAAAGCUGGAGUACAUCCUUACCCAAUAGGCUUUGUAUUCAGGCAUAAGUGUGCAGUUGCCCAUUUUUUAAACAUUGUAAUAAAAUAAAAUCAACUUUAUUGUUCCAAAGAUAGAAUUGUCUUGUCAGGUCUGCUAUGUCCAUUUAGUUAUAAUGAGAAUGUUUACUCUUCAGGGAGUUUUCUGCUAGUCGUUCUCAUUCUCUGUUUUCUUUCCUCUUCUACUCAUUCCACCUUUCUUCCCUACAGCGCUGUGAGCGUUGUGGCCAGGCGGGGGCGACGGUGGGCUGCUGUCUCUCAUCCUGUCAGAGUAACUACCACUUCAUGUGCGCCCGCGCCCGCAACUGUGUCUUCCAGGAGGACAGGAAGGUCUUCUGCUCCAGGCACCGCGAUCUCGUCAGUGAGAAGGUGAACUUUUAUGUAUGGACUAAUGAGGCAUACACACACAGAAACAAACAGUCAUCUUUCCAAUGGUGAGCACCUCCACUUUAACUGUGACUUGUCAGCGGCAUCCAAACUUCACACCUGGUGGCUUAUUGUGUAGCGUUAGGGCCUAUGUUAUGUCUCCGGACACACACACACAUACACACACCUACGUCUCAGGAUUUACAGGCCCGUUUCCGCUCCUCUCCAGAUGGUGUAUGGGAAUGGGUUUGAAGUUCUCCGGCGGGUCUACGUGGACUUCGAAGGGAUCAGCCUCCGUAGGAAGUUUCUGACUGGCCUGGAGCCAGAGUCUAUAAAUAUGACCAUUGGUGAGUAUGUGUACAUCCCCAAUGGCACUCUAUUCACUAUUUAGUGCACGGCUUUUAACCCUUUACACUCGUGGGAAUUAGCCUAUAUGGAUAGGGCUAAAUUGAAAUGUGUUUUACAGAAGAAAUAUGGAAAGCAUAUGCAUACCAAUGGUCGCAAUUAAAAGAGAACAGUUUGGAGAUUGUGGGGAAAUUAUUAGACUAACGGUGAGGACACAGCAGUUCACCUGACACAAGACUGAAUCUAAACAUUACACUGUGACUUUAUGUGCAUUUUACAUUUACUGUACUUUCCAAUGCAUUUGUUGAAAUGAAAUCUGAAAAUACUCUGCAUACAUUUAGUAACAUGAUAAGAAUAUUAUUGGAACAUUUGGGGUAGGUGCAUCAUAAGACAAAAAAAUGCCAAAGGUUUGAGUGAGAGGUCAAACUGGUUUCUCCAAGUGGCCACGCACCUCUCCAAAGUAUGCACAGUUCCUAAGUAAAUUCAGUGCACUUUUAUGACUCAAAGAAGAGUCUUCAACUAUAAUGUGCUUUUUUGAGCUCUCCUAGCUGUGCUGUUGAGGAACUAGAGCAAGCACACUUGUAGUUGUUUUGUUUGGAACACAGCCCUGCAUCCCCGCCACCAGGGUUUCCGUCAGGGAUAAUGUGGCGCCGGACAUUUGACCGGCAGCAUUUUAAUUUACCGGACAUUUGAGAAAUGUACCUGACCCGUGUGUAUUGGGUGUAUCCACCCACUGUGCUCAGAAUGACAUAAAUUACAUUUUGAUUAUGGUCAUUCAUAUUAACAGAACAUGCAAGUCGAAGAUGCAACGAUGUGCGGUCCUUUUUACCGAAUUCUGAUGUGAACUUCGAAAUAUCUGUCCACAUUUACUUUUCCUCAGCCAACAAGACGAGUAACGAACAGUAAAAUCACUACCCUGCACUGAGUGUACAAAUCAUUAAGGAUACCUGCUCUUUCCAUGACAUAGACUGACCAGGUGCAUCCAAGUGAAAGAUAUGAUCCUUUAUUGAUGUCACUUGUUAAAUCCACUUCAAUCAGUGUGGAUGAAAGUUAAAUAAGGAUUUUUAAGCCUUGAGACAAUUGAGAUAUGGAUUGUGUGUGUGCCAUUCAGAGGGUGAAUGGGCAAGACAAAAUAUUUGUACCUUUGAACGGGGCAUGGUAGUAGGUGCCAGGCGCACCAGUUUAUGUCAAGAACUGCAACGCUGCUGGGGUUUCACGCUCAACAGUUUCCCGUGUGUAUCAAGAAUGGUCCACCACCCAAAGGACAUCCAAGCAACUUGACACAACAGUGGGAAGCAUUGGUGUCGACAUGGGCCAGCAUCCCUGUGGAAUGCUUUUGACACCUUGUAGAGUCCAUGAUCCAACGAAUUGAGGCUGUUCUGAGUGCAAGGGGGGGGACUCAAUAUUAGGUAGAUGUUCUUAAUGUUUAAGUGUAUGUCAAUCUACCAUCCCCCAUAGAAAAGUUGACCUAUUGUAUUGGUCAGCUUGUCGACAAAGAAAUAGCCUAUUCCAAACAGACUCUGGGACAGUUAUGGGACGAGAGAUCCCAAAUUGAUUUUAUUUUAAAUUCAUACAACCAGUAGGCCUAGGUUACAUAAAAAAAUAAACAUUCAAAAGCAAGGAGUCUAAUGCAACAGAUCAGAACGUUUAGCUUAAAAUGUUGAUAAACUAUUUAUUCACAUAAGCAUAGCAGUGCUCACAAGGCAGUAGGCUAUGCGCAAAUGUUUGUUCCAUAAUGCAAAACCGUUGUCAAAAGGGCACCGCACAUGCGAGCGGUUUCAUGUGACAGAGGUUAAAAUAUCCGUUAGAAAUGUAGAAAGAGGGCAUAUCUAAUAUGCAACAACUAGCUUUUACUUGGCUCAUCGCACUCUAAUGACUCCUUGGGGUGGGCAGGGCGCCUGCAGGCUGACCUCGUCGUCAGUUGAACGGUGUUUCCUCCGACACAUUGGUGCGGCUGGCUUCCAGGUUAAGCGGGCGGGUGUUAAGAAGCGCGGUUAGGCGGGUCAUGUUUCGGAGAACGCAUGACUCGACCUUCGUUGGGAAGUUGCAGCGAUGAGACAAGAUCGAAAUUGGGGAGAAAAAGGGGGUAAAAUGCAACAAAAAAUUGAAAUAAUAAUAAAAUACCUUAUUUACAUAAGUAUUCAGACCCUUUGCUAUGAGACUCGAAAUUUAGCUCCGGUGCAUCCUGUUUCCAUUUAUCAUCCUUGAGAUGUUUCUAGAACUUGAUUGGAGUCCACCUGUGGUCAAUUCAAUUGAUUGGACAUGAUUUGGAAAGGCACACACCUGUCUAUAUAAGAUCCCACAGUUGACAGUGCAUGUCAGAGCAAAAACUAAGCCAGGAGGUCGAAGGAAUUCUCCGUAGAGCUCCGAGACAGGAUUGUGUCGAGGCCCAGAUCUGGGGAAGCGUACCAAAAAAUGUCUGCAGCGUUGAAGGUCCCCAAGAACACAGUGGCCUCCAUCAUUCUUAAAUGGAAGAAAUUAGGAACCACCAAGACUGUUCCUAGAGCUAGCCGCCCGGCCAAACUGAGCAAUCGGGAGAGGAAGGCUCUUGGUCAGGGAGGUGACCAAGAACCCGAUGGUCACUCUGACAGAGCUCUAGAGUUCCUCUGUGGAGAUGGGAGAGCCUUCCAGAAGGACAACCAUAUCUGCAGCACUCCACCAAUCAGGACUUUAUGGUAGUGGCCAGAGUGCUCAGGACCUCAGACUGGGGCGAAGGUUCACCUUCCAACAGGGCAACGACCCUAAGCACACAGCCAAGACAACGCAGGAGUGGCUUCGGGACAAGUCUCUGAAUGUCCUUGAGUUGCCCAGCCAGAGGCCGGUCUUGAACCCGAUGGAACAUCUCUGGAGAGACCUGAAAAUAGCUGUGCAGCGGCGCUCCCCAUCCAACCUGACAGAGCUUGAGAGGAUCUGCAGAGAAUAAUGGGAGAAAUUCCCCAAAUACAGGUGUACCAAGCUUGUAGCGUCAUACCCAAGAAGACUUGAGGCUUUUAUCACUGCCAAAGGUGCUUCAACAAAGUACUGAGUAAAGGGUCUGAAUACUUAAGUAAAUGUGAUAUUUCUGUUUUAUUUUAUUUCUAAAAAACUGUUUUUGCUUUGUCAUUAUGGGGUAUUGUGUGUAGAUUGAGGAUAUAUUUUUUUUAAUCCGUUUUAGAAAAAGGCUGUAAUGUAACAAAAUGUGGAAAAAGGGGUCUGAAUACUUUCCGAAUGCACUGUAUCACCAGUAGUAGCCUAUAUUUACCGUUAAUUUUCAUAAUUUAGUUUAUCAUAAUAUUUGUUUAGUUACGGUAAAUUCUGUUAAUGCAUUCAAUAUACAGUGAGGGGAAAAAAGUAUUUGAUCCCCUGCUGAUUUUGUACAUUUGCCCACUGACAACAAAAUGAUCAGUCUUUAAUUUUAAUGGUAGGUUUAUUUGAACAGUGAGAGACAGAAUAACAACAACAAAAAUCCAGAAAAACACAUGUCAAAAAUAUUAUGAAAAGAUUUGCAUUUUAAUGAGGGAAAUAAGUAUUUGACCCCUCUGCAAAACAUGACUUAGUACUUGGUGGCAAAACCCUUGGCAAUCACAGAGGUCAGAUGUUUCUUGUAGUUGGCCACCAGAUUUACACACAUCUCAGGAGGUAUUUUGUCCCACUCCUCUUUGCAGAUCUUCUCCAAGUCAUUAAGGUUUCGAUGCUGACGUUUGGCAACUCGAACCUUCAGCUCCCUCCACAUAUUUUCUAUGGGAUUAAGGUCUGGAGACUGGCUAGGCCACUCCAGGACCUUAAUGUGCUUCUUCUUGAGCCACUCCUUUGUUGCCUUGGCCGUGUGUUUUGGGUCAUUGUCAUGCUGGAAUACCCAUUCACGACCCAUUUUCAAUGCCCUGGCUGAGGGAAGGAGGUUCUCACCCAAGAUUUGACGGUACAUGGCCCCGUCCAUCGUCCCCCAAACACCCCCAAAGCAUAAUGUUUCCACCUCCACGUUUGAUGGUGGGGAUGGUGUUCUUGGGGUCAUAGGCAGCAUUCCUCCUCCUCCAAACACGGUGAGUUGAGUUGAUGCCAAAGAGCUCCAUUUUGGUCUCAUCUGACCACAACACUUUCACCCAGUUCUCCUCUGAAUCAUUCAGAUGUUCAUUGGCAAACUUCAGACGGGCCUGUAUAUGUGCUUUCUUGUGCAGGGGGACCCUGCGGGCGUUGCAGGAUUUCAGUCCUUCACGGCGUAGUGUGUUACCAAUUGUUUUCUUGGUGACUAUGGUCCCAGCUGCCUUGAGAUCAUUGAAAAGAUCCUUCCGUGUAGUUCUGGGCUGAUUCCUCACCUUUCUCAUGAUCAUUGCAACUCCACGAGGUGAGAUCUUGCAUGGAGCCCCAGGCCGAGGGAGAUUGACAGUUCUUUUGUGUUUCUUCCAUUUGCGAAUAAUCGCACCAACUGUUGUCACCUUCUCACCAAGCCGCUUGGCGAUGGUCUUGUAGCCCAUUCCAGCCUUGUGUAGGUCUACAAUCUUGUCCCUGAUAUCCUUGGAGAGCUCUUUGGUCUUGGCCAUGGUGGAGAGUUUGGAAUCUGAUUGAUUGCUUCUGUGAACAGGUCUUUUAUACAGGUAAAAAGAUGAGAUUAGGAGCACUCCCUUUAAGAGUGUGCUCUUAAUCUUAGCUCCUUACCUGUAUAAAAGACACCUGGGAGCCAGAAAUUUUUCUGAUUGAGAGGGGGUCAAAUACUUAUUUCCCUCAUUAAAAUGCAAAUGAAUUUAUAACAUUUUUGACAUGCGUUUUUCUGGAUUUUUUUGUUGUUAUUCUGUCUCUCACUGUUCAAAUACACCUACCAUAAAAAUUAUAGACUGAUAAUUUCUUUGUCAGUGGGCAAACGUACAAAAUCAGCUGGGGAUCAAAUACUUUUUUCCCUCACUGUAUUAUUAUUAGUCGUUUACCGUUCUCAUUGUCGGAGUGCACACAUUGUUUGCAGAGCUUACAACCUAUGCUACACUUGUGAGGAAAAAGUUUAGGUUUAUUUCAUUCCAUUUACGAGUUUUGUCAAUUUAUUAAUUGUCUUUUGUUUGGAGCAUUCCUGUCAAUGCUACCGGGCCUGCGGGUAAAUGUAGGCCUAGAAAUGUGCCCAUUUGGGGAUAUCUGAUUUAGCAUUUCUGAUUGUCUUAACUCUCCACCACUAAUGAGCUGUGGAGCUUUUCAAAGUACUUUUUUGUUUACCUCAAUCAGCAAGUAAAGUCUGUUUUUAGAAUCCAUUGAGAAUGACAAUAGUUCCUCAAUGUAUUAGAAAAAUAUUUCCAGCUCUCUCCCUUUUGAUAACCACUUGGCAUGAAAGGGAAAAAUGGAAAGCUCUGAUCCAGUUGAAACAUAAAAUACCUGAUUUACUUCUUAUCCCUUGCACAAAUAGCCUACAGCUGUGUUCUGUACCGAGCUCUAUCUUUUACAAUGUUGCAAAUUUGCUAGCUCGAGCUUCGGGCAGGACCCAGUUGAUAGUUGAUAUAAUAUUUCAAGUUCGUUGCAGACAGGCCAUGUGAUUUAUAGGGUAUUUAUUUUUAUCGGGAUAUUUCUACCUGCAGGCUGCAAUGUUUUUAUUUGUUGGCUUUAUGUAGGCUAUUUUUACAUGGUUGGCAAUAGAAGUUACUUUUAGAUUUGUAGCAUCCUCAUUUAGAUUUAGAACCACAUGAUAAGGAUCAGUUUGAGAUACAAAGACUAUUAUAAAUUAAAUGAAACUGUUCACGAAAAUGUGCAUAUGAAAAUCAUAACUUGCACGCAGCUUGGUAGAAAUGGUAAGAUAAAUUUGCACUCCAAAUGAAAAAGGUUGCCUACCCCUGGUGUAGCCUAUUACCGGCAACUUCAGGAGCAUAAGGGCAGAAUCUGCGAAGGCCAGCAGCGAGGAGGAGGGUCGGAAACACUCUUUUUCUUCUUGUAGUUAGGCUAUUAAAGCAUCAGACAAGCUCAGUACAGAUAGUUGAUUUUAUUAAAAAAGCCCUAAUGUUUUCAAAAUGCAUACUGCCUCCAGCUCAUUGCAAAGUGGUGAGUGACGCGCUGAUGAAGCCUGCCUUCCGUUGCCCAUGCAUUUGCUGUUUGAAAUGCUGUUGCAGCAGUUUCUCACGCUUUCUGACUGAUUUUCUGCUCAAAGGCUCUGUAUCUGUGUGCUGUACGCAUGUGCUAAAGAAGAUGCAUAACAAAUAUACUGUACACGCGCAAAUUUAAUUCCACUAAAUCAUGCAAAUUAACCUAUAGACCGAUAAGCAUGACCAGUCAAAUAUAUUUCCAUCGACUGGUAUUUCCAUCAAUGAAGAGGCUAAAAAUUAUUAUUUCGCAAUGGGAUUUUCUUCUUCUCCCGGAAUAUUGGCCCCGCCAAUUUUAUUUGUCAGCUUUUCUAUCGGCCAAAUGCCGGCUAUUAACAGCUAACCUUAAACCUUGCCGCCAUCACACAAUUACUAUUUAUGCAAACCAACAAUUGUCCAUUAUAAAUCGCAAUCUGGGUCAGGUGGGCAUCAUUUCAAACCUUGUUCUAUUGCAGACAUAACUAGCUAAAUUAUAAAAUAUGAUCUUAGUGUUAGGCUUUCACAAGGAAAUUCAGUGAAGCAGAUCGUAAUUAUGGUGCGCAUAGAAUGGCGUCAUGAGUGCGUUCAGAUGAAACUGCCAAUUUUCAAUAGACAAUACAACAAACAGGCUCAUUCUGUUCAGGACAACCCAGGGUAUAACGCCAUUUCAUCUUCUAACUGUACAUCAAACAUGGUGAUCGUGGGGCCUCCCGAAUGGCGCAGUAGUCUAAGGCACUGCAUCGCAGUGCUAGCUGUCCCACUAGAGAUCCUGGUUCGAGUCCAGGCUCUGUCGCAGCCGGCCGCGACCGGGAGACCCAUGGGGCUGCGCCCAAUUUGGCCCAGCGUCGUCCAGGGAGGGUUUGGCCAGCAGGGAUGUUCUUGUCCCAUCGCGCACUAGCGACUCCAGUGGCGGGCCGGGCGUAGUGCACGCUGACUCGGUCGCCAGGUGUACAGUGUUUCUUCCGGCCCAUUGGUGCGGCUGGUUUCCGGGUUAAGCGGGCACUGCGUCAAGAAGCAGUGCGGCUCGGUUGUGUUUCGGAGGACGCACAACUCUCGACCUUCGCCUCUCCCGUGUCCGUACGGGAGUUGCAGCGACGGGACAAGACUGUAACGACCAAUUAAAUACCACGAAAUUGGGGAGAAAAAGGGGGUGAAAUACCAACAAAAAAAAAAAAAAACAUGUUGAUCGUUAACGUUGACACUGUAUAUUACAUGAGUUUUAUGAUAUGGAAAUGUGAAGUGCACAUUUGGACUCACGGGUGUUUGGCUUGCUUGUAUGACAUAAAACCGUUUUUAAUUAUAAUCCUCUUAAUUUACAGCAUUUCCCUCAAACAAAUAAAAAUUGCAAACCGUCUUUGUAGCGCGCAGUACUCAAGUUCAGAACGGGUGUCAGUCAAAACCCGUACAGAGCUGUGAAGCAGAGACCCUGAGCUCUGAUGUCAUGUAUAGCACAGCCACUGCAUUCCAAUUUAGGCACUUAUCAGUGUCCAAAUCUGUAAUUUUCAACCCGUAUACUGGUACUACAUUUACAUUUACAUUUUAGUCAUUUAGCAGACGCUCUUAUCCAGAGAGACUUAGUGAGUGCAUACAUAUUUUUUUUUUAUACUGGCCCCCCGUGGGAAUCGAACCCACAACCCUGCCGUUGCAAACGCCAUGCUCUACCAACUGAGCUACAUCCCUGCCGGCCAUUCCCUCCCCUACCCUGGACGACGCUGGGCCAAUUGUGCGCCGCCCUAUGGGUCUCCCGGUCACGGGUUCGAACCAGGAUCUCUAGUGGCACAGCUAGCACUGCGAUGCAGUGCCUUAGACCACUGCGCCACUCGGGAGGUUUUACUAGUUUUAAACGGUUAACAAAAACCCCGGGCUCUGGUCAAAAGUAGUGCAUUACAUAGGGAAUAGGGUUCCAUUUGGGACAAAACCUAUGUCGAGGGGCUUUUGAGUUGGAAGGCGUGACCCAUAUACUCUAAAAGUUUGACCAGUAAGGGAAUUACUGUAUUUUACUGUCAUCAAUCAUUCCCCUUUUUACUCGUGAAACCAUUUGAAACUAUCCAUCUGUCUCCUUCUAUAUCCAGGCUCUCUUCAGAUCAACAAGCUGGGUGUGCUGACUGAACUAUCAGCAAAUGGCGCGAGGUUGUAUCCUGUGGGCUACCAGUAAGACAUCCAUUUAGAUGCUUCUUGUUUUGAAUAAUCCAUUUGUGAAUAAUGUAGUCAGGGUUGUCAUUGUCUUGUUUAAUAUACUGUUAUUAUAAGAUAUGAGAAUGGCCGUAUAAAACUCCAGUUACUUUGCAGAAGAACUUCAUUUAGAAAUUCUAUUGGGCUGUAUAUAUUUUACUUUACUCACCUUCUCAUCCUCCUCCCUCCCUCUCUUCCUCCGUCCAGGUGCUCUCGGCUGUACUGGAGCACAGUGGACCCUCGGCGGCGCUGUAAGUACACCUGUAAGGUGACAGAGGUGUGCUCUCCACUCCCAGAGAAGCCAGGAGAACCACAGUGGUGGGACCAGGAGGAGAACCGAACCAUAGCCCACAGCUACUGCAAAGGUCAGCAAACCCACCUAACCUGCCCCUAUCUGGUAGUAGAGUGGAGCACUUCAAUGGAUAACCUUGAUGUCCCAUAUUUUAUAUUUGUUUCUUCUUUUCAGUUGAAAUAAUUAACAGAGGGAUAAGUAUAACAACAUAAUUAAGUACAUGGGAAUCGUACAAUAUUUACUAUUCAAAGGGGACAAUUUACUAGAAUCUACUAAUUCUCAGAGUAGACUCUUCAAAGUAAAUAAUGUUCCUUUUUUUGUUCCAUCACCAGAAAUGGAGAUUCCAGAGGAUGUGAUGAGUCCUCUGCCCAUUGAGGUAUGUCCCAGCACCACCCCGUCCCCCCUGAAACAGGAGCCUGGGGCCAAAACCCCUGGUUACUCACAGACCAGGAGACCAGCAGGAGGAACAUCUCGACCUCUUCCCUCUCCCGGUAACAUUGACAUUGAGUUAGUUAUCAAUACCAGUUUAUAUCAGUUUAAUAUCUAGUGUCAGUUAACAGUGAGAUCUCUGCUUUAUUGAGGAAAGUUUUUACUUACUAUGAGUGAUAUGUUGCCUUACUUGAUUACCUUAAAUGUAAUGCACUGACUAAGUCGCUUAGGAUAUGAGCGUCUGCUAAAUGACAUCAACGUAACAUUUUAAUAUCGCUCUCUUCUGUCAUGACACUGACUCGUGAUCCUCUAAUCUCAAGGGAGUGCCAUGACCAAAUCCCACCACGUCCUGACUCUCAGGGAUCUGGACGAUACCUGCCGGCCGCGUCGCCUGUCUCGGGGCCGCCACUCCGGGGACUCCUCUUCCCCCACCGAUGGCCCCGCGGGACCAAUGACGCUCCGUUCAGGGGGCACCCUCCACCCCAGGUCCCUACCCUCCAGCUGGAGCUCCCCUCCCUUGUCCCCCUCCAGUGUUACCUCCCCUCUCUCUCUGCGGCCUGGCGCCAUCGGCAGCCCCCCCUCCAACCUCCCUCUGGCCAUCCGCAACUCCUCCAGAAUCCGACAGCCAUUCAAAAUCACAACUCCAGUGUCCGCUGAGGUGCCACAAGACUUCUUAGCGUCAUCCGAGCCAGAGGAGGCAGUGGUGGUGCCCUCAAACGGGAUCACAUUGACAGCAAAUAACAUGGAGGAAGACACAGACGUCGGCCCCCUGAUGUUGGAUCAGGACUUGCCCUUCGCGCCAUACGACGUGGCGGACGCAGACGUGGCGGUGGCCUCUGUGCUAAACGCCAAGCUGGAGUUUGACGAGGCCUUGCUGAACGAGACUGUGGCGCUUCACUGUGGAGGUUCCCAGACAGGUGGAGGAGAUAUGGAGGAGGAGGAGGCAUUAGAGGAGGAGACUCAGGGUGGGGACAACAUGGAUGCCAACAACAAGGCCCCAGUAUUCACCAAAGCAAUGGCCACUAAAGAGGUCCUGGAGAACGGUUCCUCAGACGAAGACAUGGAUCACUACUUGAAGUUAUCGCGUAUGUUGGUGGUGUGCGAAGCCUCCAACGACUCAGGGCAGGCAAGUCUCCCUCUCUCCUCACCUCCUCCUACAUCUCAGUCCAUCUCACAGCUUGACGGAGCUGAUAACGGCUCUGAGAGUGACUCAAGCGAUUCUACCUGCGAUGAGGAAGAAACUCAGGAAGAGGGGAAGAGUGGGGAAGAUCAGGGGAAUGACACUCAAGGCGUGUUUGAAACCUGUGACCCAAAUAACGACAUGUCUGUUGAAAAGGAGGUUCUGAUGGACUCAGAGCAAAUGGAAUCCCAGAACGAGGUUCUUCUGGACCUCAGCAGUGGCCAUUUUGUUUCGGAUGACGACAGCACCAGCGAGUACCUGGCUAAUAAUAAAAAAGUAGUGCUUGAUGACAGCGAUAGCGACAGCUCUGGCUCCUCUACAGAUUCUCUUGUUGGAGUGGACGACGAGAUGGGAGACCCAGACUUCGAGCCGGAACCCAAACCCAACCAAAAAUCACCUCCCGUAAAAACCAUCAACGUCAUGGAAUGCCCUACUCCUGUGAGCGUGAGAACUAUUCCACGUAAACCCACACCAACGCAGAGAAAAAUCAUCAGGGUGUCCCUACCCUCUGGACCUGCUCUGCCUCUGAAUGUAGCCUUCUCUUCGACACCCAUCGCUGUUCGAACCAUUCCAAGGACAGUCACCUCCACCGCCUCCCCGACCCCAUUCGUAAUAAAUGGCAUGAACUCUAUACCCUUACAGACAGGGGCCAAUAGGGGGAGAACUAUCGCUAUCCGCCUGGCCACCCCCAGACAAGCAGCUCAGCAGCAGCUGACUGCCACUAUUCAGUCUGGAGCCUCCAACUCAGCCCCGUCCCCACAGGUUCUGCUAGUCAACCGUCAAGGUCAGAUUCUGAUGAAAGAUCCAAACACCAACACCUUCCAGACGGUCAGCACCAGCUCCCCUUCCUACAGCCGCAUCAGCCAGAUUGCCAAGAUGAUCCACAACAGUGAUGCCCUGCCCCGCGCGGUUCCCCAGAUGGUGGUCGUACCCGCUACAUCUACACCCUCGCCACGGACAGCCAUCUUCCAUAGUUCAAAUUUCAUCACCAGUAACCGAAACAACACCACCACACCAACCACCAUCUCUAACAGAAACAACACCACACCAGCAACCACCACCAAUCUCCUGAUCAGGACCCCACAGAGUUUGCAUGAUGGGCGAGUGUUGGUCCGAGCCAUCCCCGUGACGAGUGGAGCUAAACAAGUGAGGGUCAAGUGCGUCUCUGUGCCCAGCUCUCCAGUGAUGAUGGGCAACCAGGCCCAAGCUAUCUUAGACAGAGCCAUGGCUACUCAUCGCGAGCCCUCUCGGAUACGGCCUAAUAUCCUCAGGGUGAGCCCGUCCCAGCUGAGCCCAUCCCAGUUCCAGGUCCACCCGUUCCUCAACAAGCUCCAGUCCCCUCUAGCCAUCUCAGACACUCCUAGUCAGAUGCGCCGCCACGAGCCGGCCACCGUACCUGAAUCCCAGGUCCGCGUCAAGAGAGUGUCCUUCGUCGCUGAGCGUCCCGGCAAGAAGAAAUGUAAGACUGAUUUCCUCCCGCAGUCACCCUCUAGUGACCUUGAUGACCUAGAUGGCAGCAGGUAAGGCAGAGUACCAUAUGUACAAUAUGAGAUGAUGGAAUUAUUUUAUUUUACUUGGAAUGUUGUAACUCUGACUGCACUACAUAUUUUCCAAUUGGGACAAUAAAGAAAACAGUCACUGUUUUUUUUUACCUCACACAGAAAUAGUGGUGUUCGAAUCAAAGCCCCAACAAUGAAAGAUGUGCUGGAUCUGGACCAGGAGAAAGUUGAGCCCAAGGUGAUCCUACCACCAGAACCUGAGAAGAUCAGGUUAGUUUCUUCUCAAACACGACCAUAGCAAGAUGGAUGCCACAAAUACACACUGCAAGGUUAAUUUGAUUAAACAAUUAUAAUUAGAAUGCAUAAGUACGGAGCCCCUUAGGGGUCAUGGUCAAGAAAAAUAAAAGCUGCAAGGCUAGUCCAUUCCCUCUUUUUUUUAUUAGUUCCCUCAGUAUAAAAAGUAAUUCCCUCAUAUAUAUUUUUUUUCCCUGAAUAGAAAAAGUAGUUCCCUCAAUUUUAUUAGUCAUUCCCUCUCUAUUAAUUUGGUCCCUCAGAUCUCUAGGCUUAUAAGAAUGGCAUUCUCCUUAUGUAGGCCUACCCCGGUCCCAUUCCUACUUGGCCGAUAACAUAUUGCAGCCUAAAUGUAAUUCUAUUUUGUUAAUUACAUGCUUCAAAUGGUGAUGAUCACUGACCAUUCAAUAGCUAGUUCCAGUUUCAUUGUUUUCAUAUGCCUUUGAAUCAUAAGGGCAAAUAAUAACAUUCAAAACCCCUUAAUUAGGCUAAGAAAUGUCAAUAGCCUGAAAAGCUAGGAGCCUCGCUAGCAGUCAUAAUUGAAUGAUGCAUGUUUUUAAUGCAAACCAAAUAAACUUUGUGCAAACUCUGAUUCAUACACUUGGACAACAUGAAGAGUUGUCCAUUUUGCGCACCUCUCAUCCCUGCGACCCAGUGUUUUACCAGCUUCAUGCAUAUAGUUAGGGCUAUACAUCCACUAAAACAUGGCACCAGCCAAGUGCCUGGAUGUGUUUAUGACUGUUAACAAUUGUGCAUGUGACUCAUGAGAGUGAAUUUAUUGUGCAUAAUUUCCAAGCAGCUUCUGUGUUAACAGGUGCGCUAGAAUUCUGUCAUGAUCUUAGCUGUUCUAUAGCCUGUCUAUACUCCAGGGGAGUUGGUUAGCUAGCUAUCCUAGCCUGGCAAUUAGCUAAUAUCCAGGUGAACGUACUGUCAUCGCAACAAAGCAAAUAGCGAUCCAUUUUUGUGAUGAACAUAGACCCAGAGCCUCUUUAAACCAUCUAUCUGUGCCUGGUUGGCGAAGUCACUAUACAGCUAUAGCGAGCAAGAUGCCUUGCUAGCAGCUCAGUCACACACGCACGCACACGCAGCAGCAUGCUUCUGAAAAUCUGGGAAAGGGGUGCAGAGAGAGACAGAAUGCUGAUUCCGAGAGGACAAUUACAUGAUUGAGGGAGCAAAUGCAUAAAUUGAGGGAAUGGAUUAAUAAAAUUGAGGGAUCUACUUUUUAUAUUGAGGGAACGCAUUUUUAAAUUGAGGGAAUUAAUUUGUUAUUGAAGGAACUAAUGAACAAACGGUGGGAACGGAUUAGCCUGGCUGUUUUUUUUCUCUCUCCACCAUGACCCUUAAGGGGCUCCGUACAUACAGUCCAUUCGGAAAGUAUUCAGAACCCUUCCCUUUUCCCACAUUUUGUUACGUUAUAGCCUUAUUCUAAAAUUGAUUAAAUUACAUGUUUUCCUCAUCAAUCUACACACAAUACCUCAUAAUGACAAAGCGAAAACAGUUUUUAAAUACAUUUUUGCAAAUGUAUUAAAAAUAAAAAACAUACCUUAUUUACGUAAGUAUUCAGACACUUUGCUAUGAGACUCGAAAUUGAGCGCAGGUGCAUCCUGUUUCCAUUGAUCAUCCUUGAGAUGUUUCUACAGCUUGAUUGGAGUCCACCUGUGAUAAAUGCAAUUGUUUGGACAUUAUUUGGGAAGGCACGCCUGUCUAUAUAAGGUCCCACAGUUGACAGUGCAUGUCAGAACAAAAACCAAGCCAUAAGGUCGACGGAAUUGUCGGUAGAGCUCCAAGACAGGAUUGUGUUGUGGCACAGAUCUGGGGAUGGAAGAAGUUUGGAACCACCAAGACUCUUCCUAGAGCUGGCCGCCAAGCCAAACUGAGCAAUCGGGGGAGAAGGGCCUUGGUCAGGGAGGUGACCAAGAACCUGAUGGUCAGUCUGACAGAGCUCCAGAGUUCCUCUGUGGAGAUGGGCGAACCUUCCAGAAGGACAACCAUCUCGGCAGCACUCCACCAAUCAGCCCUUUAUGGUAGAGUGGCCAGACGGAAGCCACUCCUCAGCAAAAGGCACAUGACAGCCCGUUUGGAGUUUGCCAAAAGGCACCUGAAGGACUCUGACCAUGAGAAACAAGAUUCUCUGGUCUGAUGAAACCAAGAUAGAACUCUUUGGCCUGAAUGACAAGCAUCACAUCUGUAGGAAACCUAUAUGAAACCCUACGGUGAAGCAUGGUGAUGGGGAUGUUUUUCAGCGGCAAGGACUGGGAGACAAGUCGGAGUUGAGGGAAAGAUGAACGGAGCAAAGUACAGAGAGUUCCUUAAUGAAAACCUGCUCAGGACCUCAGACUGGGGAGAAGGUUCACCUUCCAACAGGACAAAUACCCUAAGCACACAGCCAAGACAAUGCAGGAGUGGCUUCGGGACAAGUCUCUGAAUGUCCUUGAGUGGCCCAGCCAGAGCCCGGACUUGAACCCGAUCGAACAUCUCUGGAGAGACCUGAAAAUAGCUGUGCAGCGACACUCCCCAUCCAACCUGACAGAGCUUGAGAGGAUCUGCAGAGAAGACUGGGAGAAACUCCCCAAAUACAGGUGUGCCAAGCUUGUAGCGUCGUAUCCAAGAAGACGCAAGGCUGUAAUCGCUGCCAAAGGUGCUUCAACAAAGUACUGAGUAAAGGGUCUGAAUACUUAUGUAAAUGUUAUAUUUCUAUAAACCUGUUUUUGCUUUGUCAUUAGGGGUGUUGUGUGUAGUUUGAUGGGUGGAAAAAACAAUUUAAUCCAUUUUAGAAUAAGGCUGUAACGUAACAAAAUGUGGAAAAAGUCAAGGGGUCUGAAUACUUUCCGAAUACACUGUGCGCUUUUAUUAAUUAAAAAAGCUGACAUGUUUCGGCUUCACUCAGUCCGCCGUCACAUUUUCUUUUUUGGAAUGACUUAACCCAGAUGAGCAACCCUUUCCAUAGAAGCCUUCAGUAGAACAGGGAUAUCUAAACUCUAUUACACCUUCGUUUUAAUGAAUUCAUAUAACACCAUGUCUGUGUGUCCUGUCUUAUAGACCACCUCCCAUACCUCAGAUGGCACAUCAGCCCAACAGCACUCUACGUCCACCCAACAGCAGCAUCACUCAGAGUAGCAGCAACAUCCAUGGGAAAACCCACGUAUGGGUCAGUGCCCGCCAUGGAGAUCUCUCUGACUGGGGCCCCUACUCAGGUGGGCAUCCUUGUAUACAUUCAGCAUUGAGCAGUUUUACUCUUUUUUUUUUAUUCUACCAAAAACCCAUAUUAGAAAUGUAUUCUGAAUGAUAAUAUAUAUUUAUAAUUUCUGGUUUAAAAAAAUCUUAACCUUCCUAUUCUUAACACACUUCAAACCUCUCAGGUUUCAGCUCUGACGAGGACACAUCGCCACCUAAACAGGACAAGACCAGGUUUGCCCACAGGAACCAGCCCCACCUGUGCUUUGAGAUCACCAGCGACGACGGCUUCCAUGUACAGGCAGACAGCAUAGAGGGUAAGAAUCUCAGCCUAACUACAGAAACAGUAGCUGUAACUUAUAUAGUUGUAGCUAUAGCUAUUCCUAUUUGUGUAUAUAAAAGCAUUUUCUAUGCAGAAUCUGUUGAACUGGCUUUUAAGUCCAGGGCUAGGCUUAAUGUGUGUCCAGUAAACCGACCCUAUGUAGUAUAGCAUUAUAUUUUGUUAUUCAUAUCCUCCUUUUUUUCUCUCCUCUCCCUCCCUCAGUGGCGUGGCGAGCGGUGAUCGACGGCGUCCUGGAGGCCCGAGCGGGGUUCCAUUUGAAGGCGUUGCCCCUGGGCGGGGUAAUCGGGGCGCGGGUUCUGGGCCUGCUCCACGACGCUGUCAUCUUCUUACUGGAGCAGCUGCAGGGCGCCGCCAGCUGUAAACAACACCGCUUCCGCUUCCACCGCUACGACACCCCUGACGACGAACUGCCCAUCAACCCCAGCGGCUGUGCCCGUGCCGAGGUCUACUCGCGGUAAGAACCAAGCACUGAUGUAUGUGGUUAAAAUAGGCAUGUUGACAACAGAGCCAUCUUGCUGUAAGGUCUCCAUAACUUUAUCCCUUAUUGGAAUGUAGAGGUGAUUUUCAUUUUGAAGCUUAAGUAAUUGAAUCUGAAUUUCUAUGUUGUAGCCUGAAUUCUACAUCUCCUACAUUUUAGAACAUGAAAUGACUAGCUAUAACGAACUCCCUCUCUGCCUCUGUCUCCUCACAGGAAGUCAACCUUCGACAUGUUCAACUUCUUGGCGUCUCAACACAGACAACUGCCUAACAUCAUGUCGACACCAUGUGACGAGGAGGACGAUGACGUCCUACUGAAAUCCACCAGGUUAGACAACUCCACAAUUACAGCUAAUGCUUUAAUUUAAUUGUAUCUUUAGUAUUUUGUGUUUUUUUUCUGAGAUAAAUAAGUUCUAACCUACUGUAUUCUCCAUGUUCCUAUCUCAUAGACGAGCCACCAGCACAGAGCUUCCCAUGGCCAUGCGCUUCAGACACCUGGAGAAGACCUCUAAGGAAGCAGUGGGGGUUUACAGGUAACUAAGAAAGAAAACGAUUUGUUAAUGUUCUAAUAUUAUUACUAUUAUGAUUACUUUGUUUUUUGGGGGGUAAAAUACUUCAUACUUUUUUUCUCUUUCACUGUUUCUUUGAUAUUUUCCUUAUCCUAGGUCUGAAAUUCACGGACGUGGUCUGUUCUGCAAGAGGAACAUUGAGGCAGGGGAGAUGGUGAUCGAGUACGCAGGCACCGUCAUCCGUGCGGUUCUCACAGACAAGAGAGAGAAAUACUAUGACAGCAAGGUUGGUCAACAAAAUCAAUGGAGUUAUCACUGUCUCAUAAGCAGUUUACAGAAACUGGUUGUGCUGCAGAUGUUUAGGUUGAAUGCAACGGAAAAUAAAGCAAUGCAUCUCAUUUUAGAAACUACAGCAAUGCAAAAAAAUACAGCAAUGCAUUUAAUUUCAGAAAAUACAGCUAUGCAAAAAAAUACAGCUAUGCAUCUCAUUUCAUUCAAUAACUAAAUAUAUUUUAAACAUUUGUGACGAUAUAUUUUAAUCUGAGCACUUAGAUUUUGAACAUGCAUUCAUGAUGUGCGGCUUUUAGUGUUUGUUUGUUUUGUAUUUAUUGUGUUUUUAUAGCUGGCGCAAAACAUGUCCCCUUUCGCUGAUUAAUUAAGUACUAUCUCAUCUUUGUCUUCUAAAACCCACCUCUUAUCUACUCGUCAGGGCAUCGGCUGUUACAUGUUCCGCAUUGAUGACUUUGAUGUAGUUGACGCCACCAUGCACGGCAAUGCCGCCCGUUUCAUCAACCACUCAUGCGAGCCCAACUGCUACUCGCGCGUCAUCCUCGUCGACAGCCACAAGCACAUCGUCAUCUUCGCCCUGCGUAAGAUCUACCGUGGCGAGGAGCUCACCUACGACUACAAGUUCCCCAUCGAGGACGACAGCAGCAAGCUGCACUGCAACUGUGCCACCAGGCGCUGCCGCCGCUUCCUCAACUAG